AUGAAAGGGGUAGGAGAGGGGAUGGAGAGAGGUAGGUAGAGACAGAUAUAAAAGCAAUUGGAGAGAGAGAGAGAGAGAGAGAGAGAGAGAGAGAGAGAGAGAACUGAUAUCUGUUCCUCUAUUAAGUCACACUUUCUGUCAGAUAGCUGAUGUUCUGAAAGAGCUGCAGAGUCUGGACCCCUACAAAUCAGCUGGGCUGGACAAUCUGGACCCUUUCUUUCUAAAAUUAGCAGCCGAAUUUGUAGCAACCCCUAUUACUAGCCCGUUCAACCUCUCUUUCGUAUCAUCUGAGAUCCCCAGAGAUUGGAAAGCUGCCGCGGUCAUCCCCCUCUUCAAAGGGGGUGACACUAUUGAUCCAAACUGUUACAGACCUAUAUCCAUCCUGCCCUGCCUUUCGAAAGUAUUUGAAAGCCAAGUUAACAAACAGAUCACCGACCAUUUCGAAUCCCACCAUACCUUCUCCGCUAUGCAAUCUGGUUCCCGAGCUGGUCAUGGGUGCACCUCAGCCACGCUCAAGGUCCUAAACAAUAUUAUAACCGCGAUCGAUAAAAGAGAGUACUGUGCAGCCAUCUUCAUCGACCUGGCCAAGGCUUUCGACUCUGUCAAUCACCGCAUUCUUAUUGGCAGACUAAACAGCCUUGGUUUCUCAAAUGACUGCCUCGCCUGGUUCACCAACUACUUUUCAGAUAGAGUUCAAUGUGUCAAAUUGGAGGACCUGUUGUCUGGACCUCUGGCAGUCUCUAUGGGGGUGCCACAGGGUUCAAUUCUCAGGCCGACUCUAUUCUCUGUGUAAAUCAAUGAUGUCGCUCUUGCUGCUGGUGACUCUCAGAUCCACCUCUACGCAGACGACAACAUUUUGUAUACAUUUGGCUCUUCAUUGGACACUGUGUUAACAAACCUCCAAACGAGCUUCAAUGCCAUACAACACUCCUUCCGUAGCCUCCAACUGCUCUUAAACGCUAGUAAAACUAAAUGCAUGCUCUUCAAUCGAACGCUGCUUGCACCCUCCCGCCCGACUAGAAUCACUACUCUCGGCGGGUCUGACUUAGAAUAUGUGGACAACUACAAAUACCUAGGUGUCUGGUUAACUCUCCUUCCAGACUCACAUUAAGCAUCUCCAAUCCAAAGUUAAAUCUAGAAUCGGCUUCCUAUUUUGCAACAAAGCCUCCUUCACUCAUGCUGCCAAACAUGCCCUCGUAGAACUGACUAUCCUACCGAUCCUUGACUUUGGCGAUGUCAUGUACAAAAUAGCCUCCAACACUCUACUCAGCAAAUUGGAUGUAGUCUAUCACAGUGCCAUCCGUUUUGUCACCAAAGCCCCAUACCCUACCCACCAUUGUGACCUUUACGCUCUCGUUGGUUGCCCCUCACUACAUAUUCGUCGCCAAACCCACUGGCUCCAGGUCAUCUAUACAUCUCUGCUAGGCAAAACCCCACCUUAUCUUAGCUCAUUGGUCACCAUAGCAACACCCACCCGUAGUCUGCGCUCCAGCAGGUAUAUCUCAAUGGUCAUCCCCAAAGCCAACACCUCCUUUGGCCGCCAUUCCUUCCAGUUCAUCCAUGUCUAACAGAGACGUGUGUGUGUUAUUACACAAAGAAUACUAUGCUAUUAUUGUAUUGCCCACUGAGUUCACGUAGCACAGCCUCUCACUCUCCAACUGGUAGACAAACAGAGGAAACAGGGAAAUCUAGCCAUGACUCUGACCUGAUGGCACAGAGCUGAAGAGGUAUGCCAUAUGCUGUCAGAAUACAUACAGUAUAUCUAAAUCUAGGUAAAGUGUCAUAGCGACAAGUAGUUUGGGGGUGGGGAUGCUGAGUGUUUUUUGUUGCUGUAGAAGUCUUCUUUGCCCAUGCUGGCCCUGCAGACUGCUAUAUCGGUCCGCUAAUACAGUACUAUUAAAGGCCCAGUGCACAAAUGUUGUGCAUUUUUUUUUUAUUUGUAUAUUUAAUAUAUACUUUUUUAAUCUGAUUUUUCAGAGGGUGCUGCAGCAACCUCAGCAUCCCGACUUCCCGCAGGUAAGAUGGGGGGUAGUUUAGUGUUAGCACGUAGAGAGACUGCACAUUCCAAUACCACACCUUAUCCCUAGGGGGAAGUAGCAACUGAGUAAAUAGUCGCUGAUAUUUCAAUCAGAUGUCUAGCUAGGUAGCUCAAGGGCUCUGGCUAUUAGCCAGGUAGCUAUAACUAGCUGACUAGAAGGAUGAAGUUAGCUUCUAACAUUGAACAGAGCCUGACCUCAGCAGGAACAGUUGACUGAAAUUAAGCAAGCUAUAAUCAAAUUAUGGGUUACUAUAAGUUCUCACAACAAAAUACCUUUUCUUUAUAGAGAGUAGUGAGACAGACAGUGUUGAGACAGGCUGCAAUGAAGGAGGCAAAUGAGAUAUACAGAGAGAGGAAGCUUUGAAGCAAGCAGGGAGAGAGGUUAGUAGUACAGUGGUUCCCAAACUUGAGGUCUGGGACCCAUGUGGGGUCCAAUAAAAUGAAAUAGAUAGAAAGAAAAUAGAUACUGGUGACAAUGUGAGUUUUUUUCUUUUUUUGUUGGGGGGGAAGGGGGGGGUGAGUUUUUAGUGUUAACACAUACAGAUACAGCACACUACCAUUACCACACCUAAUUUCCUAGAGGGCAGCAGCAACCGGGUCCAGGUACUUUGCCAGGCCUUGAUAAGCACACAGGUGCGGGCAAUCACGGUGAUCGUCAAUCCUUGAGAGAAAGGUGGCCAGAAGUCUCUCAGUCUGCGUUUGUUUGUUUGUUUUUGUGUUACCUUUUUAGUUUUGGUUCACGGCUUUUGUGGUUUAUUUUUGUAUAUAUUUACUUUCGACACGAUUUUGAACUAAUAAUCUGCUUGGGCUGGCCGACCCAUGGGAGUCAGGAUGGAGAUGGCCCUGGACCCAGGUAAGGUUGCUGUCUCUUCGGACACAUUCAUAUAACAGAGUCCACAUACUCUGACUUCUCACAUAAAUGCACCCAUUAAAUCAGGUUACAGACCAUGUAGCUAGGCCUAGGACCCCAACUAAGUUUUUUUGAAAAACUCACCCCUGAUCUUUUGUUAUUUCUUUCUAUAACUCUAUCCUAACCAUACCCAGCCUCGUCAUUGUGUCUAUCGUUACCUGAGACAGUGGGAGUCUGUUAGAUAAGCCCCUGGCCUUUGACCGUAGCUAAGAGAGCUGUACUUCCUACCAGGUUAGAGGACUCAUCCUGUCCUCUGCCAUAGUCCUGUAGUAAUGAUGGUAACCCGGGGCACAGCAGUGAUACAGGGUGGUUAUGUGCCAUUUGUAAAUGUUGUAGUGACGUCAGCAGCACUGCUUUCAUUGAAAUGCUUUCAUGUCUCUGUGGUUACAGUGAUAAAGGGGCCUAAGCCUAGCAACCACAGUAAUGCCGCAGACAACACAGUAAUGAUAAAAACACCAUGCUACAACAUUAUUAAGACCAUGAAACACCAUUAUAACAGCUUAUAACACCAUUAUGAUGCUCCCAGUGUUUCAGAUAUUUUAGAUUAACCUAGAAUGACAUGUUGACAUUAAAACAUGUAAAGUGACUGAUACUCGAGUCUAUGUUUAAAUUAAAGCUAUCACAUAAGCUUCUCAAGCAAAUUAAGUUUCUCAAACAGUGUACUUGUUUUCUCAUUCCGAUUGUGGUGUUAAUAUCUUCUAUAGUUUUGGUUUUCGGAUCAUGGUGCAUAAUCUUGGAUGUCAUAGACACUCUGUCUCACAUGGAUAGGGUGGCUCCCGAGUGGUGCAGCGGUCUAAGCCACAGCAUCUCAGUGCUUGAGGCGUCACUACAGACCCCCUGGUUCAAUUCCAGGCUCUAUCAUAACCGGCUGUGAUUGGGAGUCCCAUAGGGCGACGCACAUUUGGCCCAGAGUUGGCCGGUGUAGGCCGUCAUUGUAAAUAAGAAUUUGUUCUUAACUGACUUGCCUAGUUAAACAAAGAAGAAAAAAAAAACUGAACGCAAACAGCUGAAGCAGAAUGGGAAAGAAGUUAUUGAAAUUCAGUGUCACUUUGUUUUUGGCCAGUCGGCUGUUUUGAAUGUGAAUGGUCUCUCUCUCUCUCUCUGUCUCUCUCUCUGUCUCUCUCUCUGUCUCUCUCUCUGUCUCUCUCUCUGUCUCUCUCUCUGUCUCUCUUUAACUCUGGGAGAUUCUCAAUUGGUUUGCUCAACUCCUCCAUCCUCAGUCAUCUCCUCGCCUCCUUUUGAAAAAGGUCAAAGGUAACCGAGGAGAGGAGGGGAGGAGAGGAAAUGUGGAACCAAAUGCUCUUGAAUGAAAUGAAACUCUCCCAGGCGUGGAGCUAGGAUCUCAGCACAGAUGGGGUGGUCUCGAGUGGCUCUUCUGACCAAAUCAUUUUUAACCUCAUAGAAUCGAUGUCGUGGAAAAUUAAUUAGCAUAAUACAAAAAUCCCCAUAAAAAUCUGUCAGUUUAAGAUAGAGAUAUCUGUUUUUUGCAUUGGAUGCGUCUCAAUCCACCGCAUCCCCCGAUGUCGCACUUCGGCAUAUGUGGUGAAAGGUGACAGAGCUAGAGCGGUGUUUGUCAGACCAUGAGACAUCCCAAAAAUCUUCUCACAAAAUCAUCUGUAGCGUCCGAACAGUUUGGCCUACAAACGAUUAUGACCACUCUAUGGAAAGAUGAGACUCUCACGAACACGAUGGUCCAUUUGUUAAUUCCAUCAUCAUGCAUUCCAUACAACAAAAUAAUAAUUCUAACAGGUGAACAAACUAUGUACAAGUCAAGGUCCCGUUUUAAAACAUUAUCCUCCUUAAUGUUGGCAAACCUGCCACUUUGUCUUUGUCAAUGUCUAUGUCCCGCUCAAUACAAAGCAAAGUGAGGUUGGAUAGUCUGGCCUCACGCAUGCAUGCAAAUAGCUAUUGAUCAGCUUCACUGAAACUUUGCUCGGAAUUGGCCCUGAUGAUGGGAAUGGUUUUGUAGAUUCUAUGGAAAAGGGUCUGAUUUGGAUGUUCUCAGUGUAUGUCAUUGGUAAUGAGGAAUGGAAGGACUGCGUCAGUGUUGAGAUCCAUGGCUAAAUCGAAUACAUUGUGCGGAAAGAGUUGAACUCAUCCACAGGCUUGGAAAUAGAGUAGAAACGUGCAAGCGCAAGCAAAUUAUUCUCUGCAUAAGGGUGCUCAAAGCGCUUUGGAUUCGGAUUGCAGGCAGGUUCUGUAUAACCGCUUCUGUUGCCGGUUUCCCACCUUGUGUUCGAUAGGCUCUUCAGCGUGAGAACGUCUCUCUCCAGCUGCAUGUUUUCCUGUUCCUCCUAUUUUAAACCUUGGGAGGCUAGAAGUCAAAAAGCAGUACAGGGCCCAUGCAGCAUCCAUUAGAAUUAAAUUGAGGUUGUGUGUCCAGCAGUGCACAUAGAAAGCCUUCAAACAGAUUUUUGUUCAUGGCCACAAGCGCGGAGGCCAUGCUUCCAUCAACACACGCCUCAAUAGUCACUGUCAGGCUAGAGCUAGCACUAGCAGCAGUGGUUGGAUUUUCCAUGCCAUCAUCGUGGUUGGGUUGUUGCAAGGAUGACGAUGAGGAGAAGUAGGUUGUAAGUGGAACACAGGAUGCAGUUCAACUUUUCUUAUUCUCUCGCUCCUUGUGUUUUAGCGCACCUGACUUGUACUUUCUAUCCGCCUGAAUGUAACUUAGCUAGCUAGCUAGACAUGACAUGACCUGAUAGUCUGUUCUUGACUUGGGGAUUGUGAAGAGACCUUUGGUGGCAUGUCUUGUGGGGUAUGCAUGGGUGUCCGAGCUGUGUGCUAGUAGUUUAAACAGACACAUCAGUGCAUUCAGCAUGUCAACACUUACAAUACAAAAACAAGUAGUGAUGAAGUCAAUCUCUCUUCUUCUUUAAGCAAUGAGAAAUGUACAUAUUAUUAAUGUUAGCUCUCGGUGAACAUUUAAGGGCCAGCCGUACUGCCCUGUUCUAAGCCAAUUGUAAUUUUCCAAGGUCUCUCUUUGUGGCACCUGACCACAUGACUGAACAGCAGUCCAGGUGCGACAAAACUAGGGCCUGUAGGACCUGCCUUGUUGAUAGUGUUGUGAAAAAGGCAGAGUAGCGCUUUAUUAUGGACAGACUUUUCCCCAUCUUAGCUACUGCUGUAUCUACAUGUUUUGACCAUGACAGUUUAAAAUCCAGGGUUCCUCCAAGCAGUUUAGUCACCUCAACUUGCUCAAUUUCCACAUUAUUUGUUACAAGAUUAAGUUGAGGUUUAUGGUUUAGUGAAUGAUUUGUCCCAAAUACAAUGCUUUUAGUUUUUUAAAUAUUUAGGACUAAAUUAUUCCUUCCCACCCAUUCUAAAAUUAACUGCAGGUCUUUAAGUGUUGCAGUGAUUUCACUCGCUGUAGUAGCUGACGUGUAUAGUGUUGAGUCAUCCGCAUACAUAGGCACACUGGCUUUACUCAAGGCCAGUGGCAUGUCAUUAGUAAAGAUUGAAACAUGUAAGGGAAUUCCUGAAUCUACCUGGAUUAUGUUGGAGAGGCUUCCAUUAAAGAACACCCAUUGUGUUCUGUUAGACAGGUAACUCUUUAUCCACAAUAUAGCAGGGCCAUAACACAUACGUUUUUCCAUCAGCAGACUAUGAUUGAUAAUUUCAAAAGCCGCACUGAAGUCUAAAAAACAGCACCAAACAAUCUUUUGAUCAUCAAUUUCUGUCAGCCAAUCAUCAGUGAUUUGUGUAAGUGCCAUGCUUGUUGAAUGUCCUUCCCUAUAAGCGUACUGAAUGUCUGUUGUCAAUUUGUUUACAGUAAAAUAGAAAUGUAUCUGGUCAAACACAAUUUUUUCAAAAAGUUUACUAAGGGUUGGUAACAGGCUGAUUGGUCUGCUAUUUGAGCCAGCAAAGGGGGGUUAACUAUUCUUGGGUAGCAUAAUUACUUUUGCUUCCCUCCAGGCCUGAGGGCACACACUUUCUAGUAGGCUUAGAUUGAAGAUAUGGCAAAUAGGAGUGGCAAUAUCGUCCGCUAUUAUCCUCAGUGAUUUUCCAUCCAAGUUGUCAGACCCCGGUGGCUUGUCAUUGUUAAUAGACAACAAUAAAUGUUUCACUUCUUCCACACUCACUUUACAGUAUUCAAAAUUACAAUGCUUUUCUUUUCAUAAUUUGAUCAGUUAUACUUGGAUGUGUAGUGUCAGCGUUUCUUGAUGGCAUGUCAUGCCUAAGUUGCUAAUCUUGCCAAUUAAAAAAUAAUUAAAGUAAUUGGCAAUAUCAGUGUCAUUUGACAAAUGACAUUUACAGGGGUGGGGUACCAAAUUAAAUGUGUAAUGUAGUAAAGAGAAUAUGUGCUAGUUGUGCUAGACCUUUAAUAGAUAAACGGGUAAGUAGCGUAUCGUUUUUAAAUAUGUGCAUGCUUUUCUCAUCUGAGUAAACAACAGCUGAUUCAAAAGGGGUGUGGCGGAUCUCAAAACUUUUUCACGAAGGACUCAGGUAGGAUACUCUUGAGCUUCCUCGGUGGGAGAAGGCUCCUCCAUUCGCCUACUAACUAAUUGACGCUCUUCUCAACCAGAGACGGAAGAGGAAGUGAGACUUCCGAAUCACAGUUUUUUUCUGAUUCAAUGAAAGUCAAUGAUCUAAGGAGACCAGACCCUGUUAUUGCAUUGGUGUCUAUGGAUGACACACCCGUAGACCGGAAAUUGCACCAAAUAAAUCUAUGGUAAACGGCCUGAGUGAACUAUCUUCAUUUAUCCACCAUCUUUGUCCUCGUCCACUUAUUGGUUUCCGGGUCACAGUGGAGAGGACAGACUUAUGUCCAAUUGAGAAUCUCCCUCUCUCUCUGUCCAAUCGUGCAGAAAUUGUGAUUUUCCACCCCAGUGAGGACUCUCAAAGCUUUAUUACAACGCUUUACAUUUUAGUAGACACAACUUACAGUAGUGAGUGCAUAUAUUUUCAUUAUGUUAUUUUUUUCUUCCAUACUGGUCCCCCGUGGGAAUCAAAUCCACAACCCUGGCAUUGCAAGCGCCAUGCUCUACCAACUGAGCUACACGGGACUUUAGAAUGGGAAUUUGUUUGAAAGUGCUUGUCUAUUUUCAAUUAAAGGCCCAGUGCAGUCAAAAUACGUUUUUCCAAUGCUUUAUAUUUCCACACUACGAGGUUGGAAUAAUACUGUGAAAUUGUGAAAAUUAUGAUAUUGCCCUUUUAGUGUAAGAACUGCUUAAAAAGACCCCCUGAAAUUUCAGCCUGUUUUGGUGGGAUGGAGUUUUGGCCUGCCGGGUGACAUCUUUUUUAUUGUUAAUAUAUUAAUUUUCUUACCUCUCUUCCGAUAACAGCUAGUUUUCAGUUUUUCCCUCCCCACCCCACUCAGACCACUCCCAGAUAGCCCUAGCUAAAUUCUUGCUUGAGAAACUGUGCUUUGCAUGAAGCUAGUUUUGUAUCUUUUUGACCAUUUUAAUUGAAAACAAUCACAGUAAGGUACUUCAUUGUUACCCAGAAAUUAUAUGAUAUUGAGAUAACAACGGCUGCAUUGGACUUUUAAAACAAUUAAGUGUAGUGAGAAAUGAAUGCACUCUUCAGGGACAAAAAGACAACAGUCUAAUUAACUAUCUUAUUUAUUUGCUAUUUUUAAGCAAGAUUUAUACUUUCGUCUUUAUUUCAUUUUAAUUGUUUAAUUAAUCUUGUGUGACUAUCUCCCCUAUCUCCCCUGUGCAGUCUAAGCUUUAUUUGGGUGGAAAUUAGUUUAAAUUCAUCAGCUAAAGUCGCUGCAUGCAUUAGGCUACCUGUUCAUCCUAAAACUGUGUGUGUGUGUGUGUGUGUGUGUGUGCAGGGCCGGUUCCAGGCAUAAGUGGUCCCGGCUGCUAGGGCGCCCCCGACCCCCUUUUUUGGGGGAACUCAGUCGGGGUCUCAACUUACUAUUGAGAGUAAGAAUAGUAGAAUACACCAGGUGCAAUUUCGAAAUGUGGUUGUGCAUCAGCAGUUCGAGAUAUUGGACCUAGUUCUAUCUGACAUUUCUGUCAAAAAUGUGUUAGUCGUAUAUAAUUGAUCUUUAGAUGGAUCUUCAUAUGUCUGUGCAAUUCGUUUUUAGAAAAAGUUCAUUUUAAGUGCUAAAAAAUGAAAAACUAGAAAAUUCUAUGUGCAUAAACCGAUUUGAACUUGGUGCUAUAAGAUUCAAUCUGCAAUCCAACCUGAACAAAUACAGAUGGACCAAUCAGAAGACGUCUUUGCCAUCUCCCUCUAAGUAUUGUCUAGGCUAGUCUAGCCUGCAAUAAUGGCACGCAAGGGUCGUGGAAAUUCACCACUAAGGACUCAAACGCAAUGUAAAUGAAUCAAUCUUUAUUAUCACGGCCGGUGAGGAUCAGUCCUUAUAUAAUGCUACCCAAACAAGACAUAUAAGCAUGAUUUACAUGACUCAUUAUUCAUUAUUAACGCUGGUUCUUACAUGUGACUGACCAAUACCUCACAAGGCUUCAUUUCUCAAAGAUGAGACCUUGAAACUGAGAUACUCCUUUUGGAACCCAGAACAAUGUUCUGGGCGUACUGCCAAAUUGCUUACACAGUGAUAGUGAGGAUUCCUCCCAUGCACAAUCAAUCAGUCACUUGCAUGAACCCAAACGAGUUAGUUAUUAGAAAAGCAGCAUUUAUGCUAAACAUACUAUCUGUGUACGAUCUGAUACACACAAACAUAACAUUUCUUUCACACUCCCUCCUUUUAUCGCUCUGUGAUAGUUAUUGUAAAAUGUUAAGGUAAGCAUUAGAUUAUGGCUUAAACUAUCAAAGGAGGUUAUAUCAAAAUACUUCUAUUAUAAAGUAAGCAAAAUCAACACAUAAAACCAGACACUUUAUCCUUUCAAACCCUUACAGUGGGGAAAAAAAGUAUUUAGUCAGCCACCAAUUGUGCAAGUUCUCCCACUUAAAAAGAUGAGAGAGGCCUGUAAUUUUCAUCAUAGGUACACGUCAACUAUGACAGACAAAAUGAGAUUUUUUUUCUCCAGAAGAUCACAUUGUAGGAUUUUUAAUGAAUUUAUUUGCAAAUUAUGGUGGAAAAUAAGUAUUUGGUCAAUAACAAAAGUUUCUCAAUACUUUGUUAUAUACCCUUUGUUGGCAAUGACACAGGUCAAACGUUUUCUGUAAGUCUUCACAACGUUUUCACACACUGUUGCUGGUAUUUUGGCCCAUUCCUCCAUGCAGAUCUCCUCUAGAGCAGUGAUGUUUUGGGGCUGUCACUGGGCAACACGGACUUUCAACUCCCUCCAAAGAUUUUCUAUGGGGUUGAGAUCUGGAGACUGGCUAGGCCACUCCAGGACCUUGAAAUGCUUCUUACGAAGCCACUCCUUCGUUGCCCGGGCGGUGUGUUUGGGAUCAUUGUCAUGCUGAAAGACCCAGCCACGUUUCAUCUUCAAUGCCCUUGCUGAUGGAAGGAGGUUUUCACUCAAAAUGUCACGAUACAUGGCCCCAUUCAUUCUUUCCUUUACACGGAUCAGUCGUCCUGGUCCCUUUGCAGAAAAACAGCCCCAAAGCAUGAUGUUUCCACCCCCAUGCUUCACAGUAGGUAUGGUGUUCUUUGGAUGCAACUCAGCAUUCUUUGUCCUCCAAACAAGACGAGUUGAGUUUUUACCAACAAGUUCUAUUUUGGUUUCAUCUGACCAUAUGACAUUCUCCCAAUCCUCUUCUGGAUCAUCCAAAUGCACUCUAGCAAACUUCAGACGGGCCUGGACAUGUACUUGCUUAAGCAGGGGGACACGUCUGGCACUGCAGGAUUUGAGUCCCUGGCGGCGUAGUGUGUUACUGAUGGUAGGCUUUGUUACUUUGGUCCCAGCUCUCUGCAGGUCAUUCACUAGGUCCCCUUGUGUGGUUCUGGGAUUUUUGCUCACCGUUCUUGUGAUCAUUUUGACCCCACAGGGUGAGAUCUUGCGUGGAGCCCCAGAUCGAGGGAGAUUAUCAGUGGUCUUGUAUGUCUUCCAUUUCCUAAAAAUUGCUCCCACAGUUGAUUUCUUCAAACCAAGCUGCAUACCUAUUGCAGAUUCAGUCUUCCCAGCCUGGUGCAGGUCUACAAUUUUGUUUCUGGUGUCCUUUGUCAGCUCUUUGGUCUUGGCCAUAGUGGAGUUUAGAGUGUGACUGUUUGAGGUUGUGGACAGGUGUCUUUUAUACUGAUAACAAGUUCAAACAGGUGCCAUUAAUACAGGUAACGAGUGGAGGACAGAGGAGCCUCUUAAAGAAGAAGUUACAGGUCUGUGAGAGCCAGAAAUCUUGCUUGUUUGUAGGUGACCAAAUACUUAUUUUCCACCAUAAUUUGCAAAUAAAUUCAUUAAAAAUCCUACAAUGUGAUUUUCUGGAUUUUUUUUCCUAAAUUUGUCUGUCAUUGUUGACGUGUACCUAUGAUGAAAAUUACAGGCCACUCUCAUCUUUUUAAGUGGGAGAACUUGCACAAUUGGUGGCUGACUAAAUACUUUUUUUCCCCACUGUAAUUCUGGGUUGUACAAUCUAACUAGUAAGUCAUACAGUUACACAAAUGCUUCAUUACACAAUUUCAUUCAUGGAGAUACUAUUAUCAUAAUAAAGCUAAAAUCUACAGUUAAUGUUGUACUUCUAUCAACGGGGAGUGAAUCUAUCAAAAAAUAUACACACAUACACAGGGGAUCUGUAGACCCAGAGGUAAAUACAUCUCUCAAGGUUUAACCAUUGUUUCUAUAGCUCUUACCACAAUCGGUUGCAUUGAUCUGUUCUGUACUAACUGUUCCUGGGACAUCAGCUAGUCAAAAUAUAAAACCUGUUGUUUAACAAAUCAGCUACGGUCUUCAAAACGUUGGUGCUGACUUAUUCGGUACUAAAAACAUUUACUUGGAUCUACUUCAAUUUUGGACAGUGUUCUACGUAAUGGAAACAGAUUAUUGUUUUAGAUGACAUUACCUUCUUUCUUAAAUCACUGGUGUUAUUCAAACUAUCGAAUUGAGUAAUAAUAAUUGGAAAUGGUCAAAAACGUAUCUUAUUCAAUUAUUCAUACCUCUGUCCAAAAUUUUCCCACUGAGUCCCUUACAGCCUGUUUGAGUGCCACUAACUGUUACUGGCGGCUUAUCUAUUGGUCCACAGGAAUCUUAUCUUUAACCCAAACACCAGAUGGCAGCCUCUAAUAUAACAUCAGUCCCAAGGCUCAAUCCCUCUGUUCAUCAUGUGACCUUGUAUUAAAACCAUAGCUUCUUCAAAUGAUUAAGAUAUUGCAUUAUUAGAGUGCUAUCUGAAAGCCACAAAUAUUACCAUUCACAUACUGUCAACACUCAUUACAUUUGACAUCAACUGAUAGAUCAUGAGUACCAUGAAUCUUUCCACUUUACUCUCUUUAUCAAGUCUUUGUUACUUUCAGUAGUCUCCAUAUCAGUUUCCUUCAACUAGGACCCUUCUACUCUUUCCAGUAUGAAAAACCCUCUCAAUCACUACUUCUAAUACACACGGAUAACUCUCAAACAAUGUUCUGUUUUUACCCCUAUUGUAAGGUUAAAAAUAAACAAAACAAACAUGAUAACUUUCUCCUUAUUGGAAGGCAUUUUUUGCAUUAUAGUCUACCCUAACAAUGUUACUCUUAAUAUUUAUUACCAAUUUCUGAUGGAUAUUAACUUUCUGCUUCACACUCAUUAAAUUUCUAUUAUGUUGAGAUGAAUAUGUAAUGCGCCGAAAUUAUAAAAUACAUCGGCCAAUUCAGAAGGGGAGAGAUCAACUUUGGAGGGAGCUUCCUUUUUAAGGUAGCUCUCGAGACUAGACUUUCUUUAAGGGGUCAAAAUUUAUUAUAAUUGGGCUAGCACUGCCUAUCAGUCAUUGGAGUGCUCUGUCCAUAAUGAAUCUGGCACCUGAGACAGGAUAGACUGGGAAACAGUGUCAGACCCCCACUCCUGCUGGGAGAGUGGUUCAAUUUGCCUGCUUACUCACUGUUAAUAUCUCAUCGUUUGGGAUAUCAACAAAGACUCCAUUGUACAAUACAUUGUAGCCUUAAGUUUAGUUAACAAGUCUCUACCGAGCAAGUUAAACGGUUGAGUGGGUGAAUACAGAAAAUCAUGUUCAACAUUCAUUGGUCCUAUUCAACAGGGCACGGGUUUUGUUUUAAAAUGUAUUACCGGGGUGGAGGAAAUCCCAUAAGCGUUUAUAGUUUUAUUGGUUAGGGGUAAGUCAAGUCCUGUACCUUUACCAAAAGUGGAGGUAGUAGCACCCGUAUCCACCAACAUAGGACUUUCUUUCUUUUGUAUUUUUACCGUAAUGUUUCGGCCAGAUUGGUCUACUUUUAUCUGUGGGUAUUGCUGUAUUAAAUAUAUAGUUUCCCCUGAGGGGAAUCCCUAUUGUGGCUGGUUAAUUUCAUUUUUAAUUCUUGACGAAGCCUCUGAUUUAACGUGGCGAUGAUAUUUUGCAUUGGAGCUGUUUUAAAAGCACAGAAAAUGCGCAAAUCUUUGUCUGAAGCUUUAUUUCCCAGACCCUUUAGACAGUCAUACUCAUCAUAAAACUUGGUAGUGGCCAUUCCAUCAGUCCUCUUGGUUAUGAGGGCCCAGCAGGGCUCUCCUUCUCCGAUGACCAUCUACUUCUGGGCCACUACUCCGGGCCUGCAUUGUUCCCUUUGGCUCAGGAUUCAUCUCACCCUCUGUCAGGUUUCCGCAGUGGGGGUGGUCAGAAGAACUUGGUACCGCCCUCUCCAACGGGGGUCCUUCCAACUCUUUCUCCUGAAGUCUUUGACCACCACAAAAUCAGCUGGGUUCAAAUAGUGCUCAGCUACACUUGUUUGGCAAAGACACCUUCAUCCGGGGGAAAAGAGUCUUAAGAACACUGUUAAGGGUGACGCAAUACUCAACCAUGUUUUCCUCCAUUCCUUGCAGGGACAACCUGUUCUGGGGAAAAGGUGUAUUAGUCAUCCUCAUGUGGAGAGAGUCCCGUGACUGUGUGGAAUCUGCCUCUCAUACUCAUCAGUGCCAAUGGAAGCACCUUUAGCCAUGUCACGCUUGUUUCACCAAUUAGUUUAAUCAAUUUUGUUUUCAGAGUUUGGUUCAACAUUGUUAGUCAUGCAAAUCAAAUAUUGUACAACCCCACCACCAGAGACAUUUUCUGCAAACACAGUAAAACCUACUGUACACCAAUAUUUAUUUACAAGAUCCAACAUCCUUCCUUUGACACAUACAGUACCAGUCAAAAGUUUGGACACACCUACUCAUUCAAUGAUUUUUCUUUAUUUUUAACUAUUUUCUACAUUGUAGAAUAAUAGUGAAGACAUCAAAACUAUGAAAUAACACAUAUGGAAUCAUGUAGUAACCAAAAAAGAUUUAAACAAAUCAAAAUAUAUUUUAUAUUUGAGAUUCUUCAAAUAAUCACGCUUUGCCUUGAUGACAGCUUUGCACACUCUUGGCAUUCGCUCAACCAGGUUUAUUCUGUAAUGCUUUUCCAACAGUAUUGAAGGAGUUCCCACAUAUGCUUAGCACUUGUUGGCUGCUUUUCCUUCACUCUGCCGUCCGACUAAUCCCAAACCAUCUCAAUUGGGUUGAGGUCGGAGGAUUGUGGAGGCCAGAUCAUCUGAUGCAGCACUCAAUCACUCUCCUUCUUGGUCAAAUAGCCCUUACACAGCCUGGAGGUGUGUUGGGUCAUUGUCCCAUGUAGCCUGUGUAGCUCAGUUGGUAGAGCAUGGCGCUUGCAACGCCAGGGUUGUGGGUUCGAUUCCCAAGGGGGACCAGUAUGAAAAUGUAUGCACUCACUAAGUCGCUCUGGAUAAGAGCGUCUGCUAAAAUGACUAAAAUGUAAUUGUCCUGUUGAUAAACAAAUGAUAGUCCCACUAAGCCCAGAUGGGAUGGAGUAUUGCUGCAGAAUGCUGUGGUUGCCAUGCUGGUUAAGUGUGCCUUCCCAAUAAUGCGCCACCGGUGUUCCCUCUCAGACCUUCACUGAUGGAUCACGUCAAGAAAAUAAAAUUUGUGACGAGAAGAUUGUCGUGGAAGUUUGGCAUUAAGGACUUAAACUCAAUGUAAAUUCAUCAAUCUUUAUUAUCACGGCCGGAGAGGUUCAUAAACUAAAUCCAAGCUUGAUGAAAACUCUGAAAAGGGAGUUCCCUCUGUUCUAUAUACACUGCUACACAAACAAGUCAUAUAAUCAUGAUUUACGUUAUUCAUAAUUCAUUAUUAACGUUGGUUCCUGCAUGUGACUGACCAAUACCUCACAAGGCUUCUUCUCUCAUACUUGAGACCUUGAAACUGAGAAACUCCUUUUGGUUCCCAGAGCAAUGUUUGGGGCUUACUGACAAAUUGCUUAUACAGUGAUAGUGAGGAUUCCUCCCAUGCACUCUCAGUCACUUGCAUGAACCCAACCGAGUUGCUAAACAUACAAUCUGUGUACGAUCUGAUACACACAGACAUAACAUUUCCUUCACACAAGCAAAAAAAUAAAUAAUUUAAAAGUAAAUUAUGUUGUCAUAUCGUUUGUUCAGUGAUGAUAGUAACGUGUCUGAUGAUCAUAAUACAUUUCUUAAUGUGACGUGUACGGAGUAUACGAAGAGGCAGGACGCAGACGCAGGAAUUAACAAGGUCAAGGUUUACUUAACAAUGAGCAAGAGAAAUAACAAAGAGAGUAAACGACACAAAGCUUAACAAUCACACACAUAAUCCAGAACAGUCCAGGGCUAAAUAUGGGUGGUGAUGAGAUGAUGAGGUGCAGGUGCGCUGGAGGUGAUUACGGUGCGUUGGGUUUUCAUUCCGGUGUUGCCGAGGUGGUGCGCUCAGACCGGUGGCUCAGUAGACCAGCAAAUCAGAGCACCGGAGGGGAGCCACAGGAGGAGACGUGACAGUACCCCCCCGGACAUGCGCCUCCGCCACCGUGCGGAAGCUCAGAGCGUACUCAAACGCGGGCCCCUCUCUCUGUUGUAGAUGGAGGAUACGCUCACCCCCGUCCUUUCCCUCCGUGGGAUGAUCAAACACCGCCCUGAACCUAGCGAGGAAGGCGGGGUAGGGCAGUGCCACUGCCUCCUCUCCGUCCCAGACUGCCGUGGCCCAAUCCAACGCCUUUCCUUUAAGAAGUGAGAUCACCAACGCUAUCCUGGCUUGGUCAGAUGGAUAUGCCCCAGGCUGACGAGCCAGAUAAAGGGAAACCUGUAGCAGGAAGCUGCUACAUUUAGUAGUUUUACCAUCAUAGUGCUCCGGUAGGGCGAGUGUUCCCGCAGGAGUGGGUGAUGGCACGGGAACUGGUGGAUUGGGGGCACUCGCCACUACCUGAGGUGGAACCGGAGCGCUGGGCAGAUUAUGCAGAGUUUGGAGCACUUCCUGCAUGGCGGCGUUCAACUGGGAAAGCUGCUGCUGGUGCUGGUCGAGGCACUGGGAAACUCCUGCUGCAUCCAUUUUCAUUUGGUGUGUGAUUCUGUGACGCGUACUGAGUAUACGAAGAGGCAGGAUGCAGACGCAGGAACUAACAAGGUCAAGGUUUAAUGAGCAAGAGAAAUAACAAAGAUGGAGUAAAUGACACAAAGCUUAACAGUCACACAGAACAUCAUCCAGAACAGUCCAGGGCUAAAUAGGGGUGGUGAUGAGAUGAUGAGGUGCAGGUGCGCUGGAGGUGAUUAGGGUGCGUUGGGUUUCUAUUCCAGUGUUGCCGAGUGGUGCGAUCAGACCGGUGGCUCAGUAGACCGGCGAAUCAGAGCGCCGGAGGGGAGCAACAGGAGGAGACGUGACACUUAAUUUCUUAGUGUCUGUUGGAAAGCAGACUUAACCAGGUUUUCCUCUAGGAUUUUGCCUGUGCUUAGCUCUAUUCCGUUUAUUUUCAUCCUAACAAUCUCCCUUGCCGAUGACAAACAUACCCAUAACAUGGUACUCAGUGAUGUGUUGUGUUGGAUUUGCCCCAAACAUAACACUUUGUAUUCAGGACAUAAAGUUUCUUUGCCACAUUUUAUGCAGUUUUACUUUAGUAUCUUAUUGCAAACCAGAUGUAUUUGUUUUUGAAUAUUUGUAUUCUGUACAGGCUUCCUUCUUUUCACUUAGUCAUUUAGGUUAGUAUUGUGGAGCAACUCCAAUGUUGUUGAUCCAUCCUCAGUUUUCUCCUAUCACAUAUAUUAAAAUCUGCAAUUGUUUUAAAGUCCCCAUUGGCAAUUUUAAUGUCACCUCUCCGACAACUGAGUUUAGGAAGGACACCUGUAUCUUUGUAGUGACUGGGUGUAUUGAUACACCAUCCAAAGUGUAAUUAAUAACUUCACCAUGCUCAAAGGGAUAUUCAAUGUCUGUUUGUUUUAUUACCCUUCUACCAAUAGGGGCCCUUCUUUGCAAGGCAUUGGGAAACCUCCCUGUUCUUUGUGGUUGAAUCUCUGUUUGAAAUUCACUGUUUGACUGAGGGACUUUACAGAUAAUGGUACGUGUGGGGUACAGAGAUGAGGUAGUCAUUCAUAAAUCAUGUUAAACACUAUUAUUGCACACAGAGUGAGUCCAUGCAACUUAUUAUGUGACUUGUUAAGCAAAUGUUUACUCCUGAACUUAUUUAGGCUUGCCUUAACAAAGGGGUUGAAUACUUAUGGACUCAAGACAUUUUAGCUUUUCCUUUUAAAAUAAUUUGUAAACAUUUUUAAGAACAUAAUUCAACUUUGACAUUAUGGUGUAUUGUGUGUAGGCCAGUGACACAUCUCAAUUUAAUCAAUUUUAACUUCAGUCUGUUACACAACAAAAUGUGGAAAAAGUAAAGGGCUGUGGAUACUUUCUGAAGGCACUGUAUGUAUUCAAAUAGCUACAGUUUUCUUAAAAACGGGACAUGGCUAAUUCAGCAGUGUCAGAUAGAACCUUCUAAGGUUCUAUCUGCGAUUGCACCCCCAUAAAAAAACAGAUUUACAAAUGUCUCAGGAUUUUGAUACUCAGCACCUUAAAGUUGAGGACGUUAAUGGGUUAUGAAAUAAGAACUCAUUACAAAAUAGUUCUGAGAUCUGGGAUGUGAAAAGUUUGAUUCUCAAUAUCUCAGAACUAUAGUUUGUGUAGAUAGAACCUUAUUGUCCCAAGGUCACAAGUUUUUAUCUUGUUAUGUCAGUCACUGACAGUCACUCAAUUAGCCAUGUCAGCUAACAACUUUUAGAAUGGUAGUUAGUCUAGCCAUACCGACCGGCAUGCAGGGCAUGUGUCACACCCUGAUCUGUUUCACCUGUCUUGUGCUUGUCCCCACCAGGUGUCUCCCAUUUUCCCCAUUAUCCCCUGUGUAUUUAUACCUGCGUUUUCUGUUUGUCUGUUGCCAGUUCGUCUUGUCUUGCCAAGUCUUACCGGUGUGUUUUCCCGUUUUCCAGUCUCUCUAGUUUCUGUUUUAUAGUCCUCCCGGUACUGCCCUUUCUGCCUGCCCUGACCCUGAGUCUGCUUGCCAUUCAGUACCUGCCUGAUUCUGACCUGGUUUAUGAACUUCUGCCUGCCCUGACCCUGAGCCUGUCUGCCGUCCUAUACCUGCCUGACUCUGACCUGGUUACGAACUGCUGCCUGUCCUCGACCUGCCCUUUGCCUGCCCCCCGUGUUAUAAUAAAUUAUCUGAGAACUGAACCAUCCACAUCCUGUGUCUUUAUCUGGGUCUUAUCCUGAGUUGUGAGACACGUGCCCAGGGCACUGACCUCCAAUGGGCCACCAUUGAUUUUGUUAGUCAUUCUCAAUCAUUAUAAAAUCUGUAGAAUUGCAGGAAAUUAGCUUUAAAGCUGAAACAAAAUAUCUCCAUUCCAUGGCAAAAUGGGAAUAAUUGCAGGAAAUUAGCUGUAAAACUGUACAUUUUCUCUCCGCCCAUGGCAAACUGUGUAGAAUUGCAGAAAACUUGCUUUAAAACUAACGUUUUCUCUACACCAGCCCUGCGUGUGUGUGUGUGUGUGUGUUUGUGUGUGUGUGUUUACAUGCUACCUAUUCAUGUGGAUGUGUAGUCCUAUUCAAUACAGAGGGUAUGCAUUAAAUCCACACAACAAGCUGUUAUUGAUAUGAGUAGUGGAUAGGGCUGUUGCGGUGACCGUAUUACCGCCACACCGGCGGUCACGAGUCAUGAAGGCAGUCAAAUUCCUAGUAACCGUUUAGUCACGGUAAUCAAAUCAAAUCAAAUGGUAUUGGUCACAUACACAUGUUUAGCAGAUGUUAUUGCGGGUGUAGCGAAAUGCAUGUGUUUCUAUCUCCAACAGUGCAGUAAUAUCUAACAAGUAAUAUCUAACAAUUUCACAUAUUUACAACAUAAUUAGGCUUCUCCAAAAGCUCUAAUGCUGCUGAUGGUCAUUAGUAGCCUACCAAACUUGCUAACUCCCUUGUAUUCCGUACUCUACUGUCCUUCUAAUCACUCUGACAUCAAUGCAAAUGUAAUCGAUCAAAACAUCUAAUCAAACACUUCAUGAGAGCACAUGAGCUCAUGUUGCGCAACAUUUAUGUAGGCUAUGCAGAACUCAGGAUAAGACCCAGAUGUAGACAGUUCGAAUCACAGAUGUUUAUUAACAAAACAGGGGGCAGGCAGACGACAGGUCAAGGGCAGGGAGAGGUCAGUAAUCCAGGGCAGAGUCAGUAAGGUACUGAAUGGCAGGCAGACUCAGGGUCAGGGCAGGCAGAGGUCAGUAAUCCUGGAAACAGGAGACAGAGGGCUGUGAGACAGAGGUUAAAUCUUGAUACAUGAAAAGUGGGAUGAAUACAGAGGGUGCUGGGCAACAGAAGAUGAACAGCAGAGGGGCUAAGGAUCUUAGAGAUGGGGAAAGGGCCGAUAAAAUGAGUGGAAAGUUUGCGGGACUCCACCCGGAGGGGCAGAUCCCGAAUGGACAGCCAUACCCUCUGCUCGAGAUGAUAACGGGGAGCCGCGGUCCGGUUGCAGUUCGCCUGUCGUCGAUACCUGGUGGUGGUCUUGAGAAGAGCAGUGGCAGAAAAACAUCUGGGCCGAGGGUAUGUUGAUCUCUUCCUCUUGCUCAGGGAAGAGCGGGGGCUGAUAACCCAUCGAUCACUCAAAAGGCGAGCAGGGGAGGGUGUUGGGGCUCUAGCGGCAUGAAAGCGCAUCCGGCUUAACAUUUUUGGACCCCGGGCGGUAGGAGAUGGUAAAGUUGAACUGGGUGAACAGCAGGGCCCAUCGAGCUUGCCUGGAGUUGGGACGCUUGGCGGUGCGGAGAUACUCCAGGUUCUUGUGAUCCGUCCACAAAAUAAAUUGAUGUUCCGUCCCCUCUAACCAGUGCCUCCACUCCUCCAAUGCCAUCUUCACCGAGAGUAGUUCUCGAUUCCCCACAUCAUAAUUCCUCUCUGUGGCGUUAAGACAAUGGGAGAAGAAAGCGCAGGGAUGCAGCUUAUUGUCCAGGGCAGAAAGCUGGGACAGAACGGCCCCCACUCAGACAUCUGAAGCAUCUACUUCCACCACAAACUGAUGGGACGUGUCAGGAUGGAUUCAUAUGGGAGCUGUGGUGAAGCGGUGCUUAAGGUCCAGGAACGCCGGUCAGCAGCUGGGGACCAUGUGAACGGGACCUUGGGAGUGGUGAGUGCUGAAAGGGGGGAAGCCAGGGUGCUGUAACCUCGGAUAAAAUGGCGAUAGAAAUUGACAAAUCCUAAGAAUCAUUGCAGCUGCACUCUGGACGUGAGUUGGAGCCAAUCCACCAUCGCUCUCACCUUUUCGGGAUCCAUCUGCAGAUUACCAGCAGUGAUGAUGUAUCCAAGGAAGGAGAUGGUGGCGCAAUGGAAUUCAAAUUUGCUGGUUCUCAAAUUAGCUGGUUCUCUAAAUGAUAAUGGAGGACCUGUCGGACGUGGAUAACGUGUUCUUGAGCUGAGCUGGAAAAGACAACGAUGUUGUCGAUGUAGACGAACACGAACCGGUACAACAUGUCGCGGAGAACGUCAUCACCAGGGCCUGGAACACAGCAGGAGCGUUGGUCAGACCGAACGGCAUCACCAUGUAUUCGCAGUGUCCGCUAACAGAGUUGAAGGCUGUCUUCCACUCAUCACCUUCUCGUAUCCGCACCAGAUGGUAGGCGUUCCGCAGGUCCAACUUAGAGAAAAUAGUGGCCCCCUGGAGCAGCUCGAAAGCCAAGGUGAUGAGUGGUAGUGGGUAGCAGUUCUUAACCAUAAUGUCAUUGAGGCCCUGGUAUUCGAUGCAUGGGUGCAGGGUUUUGUCCCUCUUCUCCACAAAGAAGAACCCUGCGCCAGCGGGGCAGGCAGAAGGACGGAUACACCCUGCAGCCAGGGAGUCCUCGAUGUACGUCUCCAUAGCUUUGGUCUCCGGACCCGACAGUGAAUACAGCCGUCCCCGGGGUGGCGUAGCGAGAGAAGGUAGAUCCCGCAUUCAUAGGGUCGAUGUAAAGGAAGCAAAGUGGCCCGGGCCUUGCUGAAAAUGUCCCGGACGUCCUGGUACUCCACAGGAACGGCGGAGAAGUCUGAGGCUUCUGCCGAGCCCACAGGAAGACGUCCCCUGGCAGGCUGCGCCAACUUCAGUCAAUGGGCAUGGCAGAUUGGGCUACAGCCCAUGAUAGCACUAGCAGUCAAGUUGAUAAGGGGAUUGUGUCGCUGGAGCCAAGAAAACCCCAAUACCACGGGAACCUGAGUAGACUUGAUGAGCAUGAACUGCAUUGACUCACUGUGUUUCCCCGACACUCGCAGGUUGGUAGGAGUGGUAUUGUGGGUGAAUCUGCCUAUAGAGCGCCCAUCCAGCGCUCUAACGUCCAUGGGAAUGGAGAGGGGCUGAGUGGGGAUGCCCAGCUCUGAAACCACGGUAGCGUCCAUGAAACUCUCAUCGGCCCCAGAGUCAAUGAGAACCCGGAGAGAUUUCGACUGGUCACCCCACAGCAGAAUGGCAUGGAGAAGGAAAAUUCUCUGUAUGGCCCACCAGAGUACUCAUACCUACUGAUGAGCCUGGUCUUUUAAUGGACAGGUAGACAUGUAAUGACCAGUAGUCCCACAAUACAGACAACUCUUGGUGUUACGUCUGCGUAAACAUUUGGCUGAGACAGCCUAGCUCUGCCGAGUUGCAUCAGCCCUGGAAGAGGCGAGUCGGCAGACUUCGGAGACUCUUGGGGAACUUGGGGAACCUCGGAUUCUCUCGGGAAUGUAGAUGCCGGGGACUUCUGGGAUUCCUCGGAGGCGAGGUGGGAUCCUUGGGCGAGCGAGUGGGACCGGAAUCAGACCUCCUCUCCCUUCUACGUUCCAGUAGCCACCCAUUGAUCCGGAUGGUCUAGGCAAUGAGCGGGUUGAGAUCCGUAGGCAGUUCCUGGGCUGCAAGCUCAUCUUUAACCUCCUCCGAUAAUCCAUGAAGGAACGUGUCGAACAGGGAUUCCGGGUUCCAGACACUCUCGGCAGCCAACGUGCGGAAAUCAACCACAUAGUCCGCCACACGCCUACUCAUCUUGUUGGCUGACGAAAAGUAAAUGUGGGCAGUUCUUCCAAUAUCUUCAAUGUGCACCUCGGUGCGCAGUUGCGUCCCCGAUGUGUCUUCACUUGUAGCCUGUGAGAAAGACCCGAUUUAAGUGAUGGAGAGCCAUGUGAGUGAGAGGUGCAUCGGAGCGCGCAGCACUCAGGGAGAAGGGCACAACACAGCACUCCGGGCCAAGGGCACAACAGUCACUGGCCGCAAAAGGCAUGGAUUUUUUUAGGGUUCAUUACGGCCACACAGUAAGGGGAUGCCGCUGUGGAAUUUGAGGCAUUAUCACUUUCUUGUCAAAUCGUGAAUGAGAGACUGAUGAAGUGUGUACAGCCUGCCCAAAAAUCAAAGCAGAGCUCAUGCCUUUCAAGCGACUUUUUUCAAAUCGUCAUUAGAGUCGCAUCAUGUAGCCUUACAAUGCAUUAAAAUGAAAACAUAUAGCCCAACGUUUGUAGAACAACUAAAGUUACAUUAUGACUCUAAAUUAAACAUAUACGAGUACCUAUUUCUUUGUUAAACGCUCAACACAGUGCGCCUUCUCUUAUAUGACCAAUCAAACAUGUUAACAACUAGCUUAUCCAUUCCGUAGCAAGCGUCUCUACCUUGAUAAUUGGUGGAAUAAAUUACUGAGCUAAAUGUAAAAACCAUGUUGAUUUCAAGGGUUAAAAAACUAUAUGAACAAUAUAUUCUUGGGGGUUUGAACCGGUUCAGAACUGUAUUAUGCUGGUUGGAACACUGGAACUGAAAAAACAAAACAAUCGGGGUUCUGUUCAGAACAGAUCAUUUGGAAAAUGAUUUUGGUUACAAUCACGGAUAUUUUAUAUUUAGAUGAUAUAUAUAGGUUUACAUGCUUUGCAAGAAGAAUGAUGUCACUAAUAAUCCUGUUUGCUUGGACAUACACAGCAGGUCAAAAGUUUUAGAACACCUACUCAUUCAAGGGUUUUUCUUUAUUUUUACUAUUUUCUACAAUGUAGAAUAAUAGUGAAGACAUCAGAACUAUGAAAUAACACAUAUGGAAUCAUGUAGUAGCCAAAAAAGUGUUAAACAAAUCAAAAUGUAUUUAAUAUUUGAGAUUCUUCAAAUAACCACGCUUUGCCUUGAUGACAGCUUUGCACAAUCUUGGCAUUCUCUCAACCAGCUUCAUGAGGUAGUCACCUACAAUGCAUUUCAAUUAACAGGUGUGCCUUCUUAAAAGUUAAUUGUGGAAUUUAUUUCAGUUUUAAUGCGUUUGAGCCAAUCAGUUGUUUUGUGACAAGGUGGGGGGGUAUACAGAAGAUAGCCCUAUUUGGUAAAAGACCAAGUCCAUAUUAUGGCAAGAACAGCUCAAAUCAGCAAAGAGAAACUACAGUCCAUCGUUACUUUAAGACAUGAAGGUCAGUCAAUACUGAACAUUUCAAGAACUUUGAGAGUUUCUUCAAGUGCAGUCGCAAAAACCAUCAAGCGCUAUGAUGAAACUGGCUCUCAUUAGGACCGGCACAGGAACGGAAGACUCAGAGUUACGUCUGCUGCAGAGGAUAAGUUCAUUAGAGUUACAAUCCUCAGAAAUUGCAGCCCAAAUAAAUGCUUAACAGAGUUCAAGUCACAGACACAUCUCAACAUCAACUGUCCAGAGGAGACUGUGUGAAUCAGGCCUUCAUGGUUAAAUUGCUGCAAAGAAACCACUACUAAAGGACACCAAUAAUAAGAAGAGACUUGUUUGAGCCAACAAACACGAGCAAUGGACGUUAGACCAUUGGAAAUGUGUCCUUUGGUCUGGAGUUCAAAUUGGAGAUUUUUGGUUCCAACCACCGUGUCUUUGUGAGAAGGGGUGUGGGUGAACGGAUGAUCUCUGCAUGUGUAUUUCCCACCGUAAAGCAUGGAGGAGGAGGUGUUAUGGUGUGGGGGUGCUUUGCUGGUGACACUGUCUGUGAUUUAUUUAGAAUUCAAGGCACACUUAACCAGCAUGGCUACCACAGCAUUCUGCAGCGAUACACCAUCCCAUCUGGUUUGGGCUUAGUGGGACUAUCAAUUGUUUUUCAACAGAACAAUGACCCAACACACCUCCACGCUGUGUAAGGGCUACUUGACCAAGAAGGAGAGUGAUGGAGUGCUGCAUCAGAUGACCUGGCCUCCACAAUCCCCCGAGCUCAACCAAAUUGAGAUGGUUUGGGAUGAGUUGGACCGCAGAGUGAAGGAAAAGCAGCCUACAAGUGCUCAGCAUAUGUGGGAACUCCUUCGAGACUGUUGGAAAAGCAUUCCAGGUGAAGCUAGUUGAGAGAAUUUCAAGAGUGUGCAAAGCUGUCAUCAAGGCAAAGGGUGGCUAGUUGAAGAAUUGUUGUUGUUUAACACUUUUUGGUUACUACAUGAUUCCAUAUGUGUUAUUUAAUAGUUUUGAUGUCUUCACUAUUAUUCUAAAAUUUAGAAAAUAGUAAACAUAAAGAAAAACCCUUGAAUUAUUAGUUAUAACACUUUUGACUGGUAGUGUAUCUGAAAUCAUGCUACCUGAAAUGUUAUUUUUGGGAAACCAAUAUGAUUCUGAUUUCGGACAUAUAUUGUUAGUUUUAAAAUACAAUUUCUAAGAUGUAUACUUUAAGUUUUUCCAAACUCACUUCAGUCGCACAAAAGAGGGAGGCUCGCGCUGCUGGUGGUAGCGCCAUGUUGUAGCCGGAGUACAGCUAGUUUCCGUCCUCCUCUGGGUACAUUGACUUCAAUACAAAACCUAGGAGGCUCAUUGUUCUCACCCCCUUCCAUAGACUUGCACAGUAAUUAUUACAACUUCCGGAGGACAUCCUCCAACCUAUCAGAGCUUUUGCAGCAUGAACUGACAUGUUGUCCACCCAAUCAAAGGAUCAGAGACUAAUCUAGUACUGAAAGCAUAAACUACAGCUAGCUAGCGAUGCAGUGCAUAACAUGUGUUGAGUAGUGGACUCAAAAAGAGGGAAAGACAAUAGUUGAACAGUUUUUAACAAAUGUAUUUCUUAAAUGAAGGAGAAGCAAGAGAGAAUGAUAGCUAUAUUUCUAUUGUAUUCUUUUCACUUUCACUUAGCUAGCAAAUGCAGCUAGCUAGUUUAGCCUACUCAAACACCCAGCUCAAUCAGAGAGGGAUACUAUUUUAGCUAGUUGGCUGUAGCUAUCCAACACUGGAACUCUUCCAAGUCAAGGUAAGCAUUUGGUUUUAUUAAUUUAUUGCCACCGGGCCUGCCGGUGUAACUGCUAAACUGCUUGCUGACUGUACACUGUACUACAUGAUUGUAGCAGGUUUACAAACGCUUUAGUUCUAGUAGCUAUGUUGACUAUGACGUUACUAACGAUGUUAGAUAAUAUGGUGACAACGACGUAGGCUGUGUGCGAUGGUUAACGGUUAUGAUAUGAAGGUUUGGCUUGGAAUGUUUUUUUUUGCCCGGUCACAGACAGCUGAUGUGCUGUGCACUGAAGUCCACAAGCAAAGGGAAAGGUGAGAGUAGAUGUUAGAAGGAAUUAUACAAUGAGCAAAAUGUUCAUGCUGUUGGUAUAUGGCUGCUAUGAAAGUGAAAUGUGUUUUUAUAUAAUUCGGGGUGUAUUCAUUCCGCCGAUUCUGUUGAAAAAAAAAUCUUAAAUGGAAGCAAAUAGAACAAAACAGGGAUAAACCUACCUACAUUUGUCCAAUAGAAACUCUCGUUUGCAACUUUUGGACUGAUGAUUACACCCUAGAUCAGCUAGAUGCAGGCAAGAGUGUGCAAGGCGGCAUUGAAUGUGUCACUGUCUGACACCUUGAUUACUCAAACUUUGGCCUGCUUUAAAUGAUGCAACUUAUAAAGGCUUCAUAAAGGCGUCAUAAAGCCUUCAUAAACACUAUAGAAUGUGUUACAAAUCAUCUAUAACUGUAUGUCAUCUCAGCUAAAUACAAAUCCCCCUAGACACUAACAUGUGUCAUAGUCACGUCAUGAUAUUUGUAAAUGAAAGAGGAAUAUAAUAAUACGAAUUGAAUGGAGUUUCCCCAUCUUCCCAUUUAGAGUUUGUGGCGCAGCACAGAGAAAUGCCCUUAUCCAGAUGGUGUGACAAAGGCAUUUCCUAACAGACCUGCUAAUUUUCUUUGUUGUUACUGUAAUGUUGGAACCAAGAUGCAGUACCUCCAGCAGGAAGAGAGGCAAGCACCAUUCGUCCUCCAGCUCAGGGACAAGCUACACUGUUCACAGCCCUGUGUAAUGUUCAAUGUAAUUGCAUUGCUGGACUUUUUGAAACUUCAUGUAUUUUGUAUUGUUUUAAAAAUGUACAAAUAAAAGGAAAUGUAUGGUUUAAACAUGUGAUAAAUCCCUAAGUGUUAAUGCAUUUCUGUUUACAUCAUUAAGCCUUUACGUAUGUGUUAUGAAUGACCAAAGGGGUCUGACUUUAUAGUAAGUACAACGCCAUAUGAUACAAGGCAUGUGUGUAUGUGUUAUAAAUGACCAAAGGGGUCUGACUUUAAAUUAAGUACAACGUCAUGCGAUAUAGAGUCUUUAUGAAUGUGUUAUGAAUGACCAAAGGUGUCUCACUUCAAACUAAGUAUUACAGGACACCACAUAAAGUGUCAAUAAGUAGGUUAUUAACGUUCUACUGAUUUAUGAAGGUUCUCUCACGAUCCACAGGUUACUGUAGGGCAGUGAUCAUCAACUAGAUUCUGUAAGGACAGACGCUGGGAGACGAGAAGCAUGUACAGGGAGUGAACAUUUAAUGAAAAAAACAGACAGGAAAAAAACACAGACAGCGUCUGGAGAACGUAAAUGAAACAACAUUAAUGCCGACACGGGGAUCAAACUGAGGAACAGACAGAUAUAGGGAAGGUAAUUAAACUGUGAUGAAGUCCAGGUGAGUCCAAUGAAGCGCUGAUGCGCGUAACGAUGGUGACAGGUGUGCGUAAUGAUGGGCAGCCUGGCACCCUCAAGCGCCAGGGAGGGGGAGCGGGAGCAGGCAUGACAGAUUCAGCCGCGGGCUGAUUUUUACAAAUCAUUUGUAGACUGCAAAUUAACUGCAAGAAUCCCAAACAGAUAUAAGAUUUGACUAAAACAUAAUCAUUUCAAACCUUGCUUACAUUACUGUAUGAUCAUGUCUUUCUAUUAUGCAUGAGAAUACUUGGGAACAUAUUUCCAAAAUUUAAAUCAGUUGGAGCUGAUUUCUUGGUGUUUUUACAGUCUUUUAUGUCCAACAAUGAAAAUGUAAAAUAAAAUAAAAACAUAAUGUACUUUUUUGCUCAUAAAACUUGGGGGGGGGGGGGGGGGGGGGGCAAAUAAAACCACCCUGCAGGCCACCAGUUGGGGAACCCUGCUGUACGGUGUGAGAGGUAUUUAAAUGGGUUGAUGGACCUGCAAAGCUUGCGUUUGUGUGGGUGUGUGUGUGUGUGUGUUUGUGUCAGAACCAAGAUGAUUUGGAGUAGUCCAACCUGAGACCACCGCAACAGGUAUUCCUCUUCUGUUCCCAUGCUGGAAACCAGAGCUUGAUUACAACCUGUUAUAAUGGUGGUACAAUUUUGUGUUUGAUCUUUCAGUGGGGAAAGGUGUGAAAGACCUGACUGGGCCCAGUACUGUGCGGUAUGGGUCAUUUUUGUUGUGUACAUGUUUGUGUACUGAGGAACAUGUAACUUGGUAUAGGUUUGGGGACUUUCAUCAAGGUGAGUGUUUCUUGGUGUAACGUCGGCCCCAGGCUAUUGCACACAUAGCACAUAUAAGCCUGGGAUAUCAACCAUUCAAAGUUGGCCUUAGUGGGAGUGGCCAUAGAAUUCUAUAGGAGUGACCUCACUGAGUAAAGUAUUUGUCAUCGUCACUACAUAACACAGUCAAAAAGUCAUAAUUAUUGCUAAACCCAUUUGCACAAUUUAUCUUCUUAAAAUGUUGCUUUGUUUAUUUCUAUUACUUUAUUAUAUUUUCUCAUUUUUUUCAAGCCACUCACGUUUUGUCAACUAGCCAGAUGCCGUGGAGAAAGACACUGGAUUUAUGUGUAAGCUACAAUCAGCCAUUUAUAUAUCUUCUUUAAAUCUAACCCUAACUAAUGAAGGCCAAGUUUGAUGCUCAUUUGGGCGGAAGUGUCUGGGAACUAAAUAAGGUGUAAUGUGACUAACAUGACAUCACUUCAGAGCGUAUACCAUCCUUCAGCACAACAUGUCACAUGUUUAUAUCAUAUUCGACAUAGUGGUUUAUGUCACAUUUGACAUUGGUGAUUGUCACACAGUUAUGCCAUAUUUAUGAACCCUUUAUUAAGCAUGACUUACGGUUAUAGAUGCUUUGUAACACAUUUAUGUAGUGCUUAUGAAGGCAUUAUGAAGCCUUUAUAAGCUGAAUGUCAUUUGAAGCAGGACCCAUGUGUGUGUGCGUGUGUAUUUGUAUUUGUAUCCUGGGGUCCAACAGAAUCAAGGCUCAGUUGGUAGAGCAUGGCGCUUGCAAUGCCAGGGUUGUGUGUUCAAUUCCCACGGUGGACCAGAAUGAAAAUGUAUGCCCUCACUACUGUAAGUUGCUCUGGAUAAGAGCGUCUGCUAAAUUACGUACAGUGAGGGAAAAAAGUAUUUGAGUAUUUUGUACGUUUGCCCACUGACAAAGACAUGAUCAGUCUAUAAUUUUAAUGGAAGGUUUAUUUGAACAAUGAGAUAUAUAAUAACAACAACAAAAUCCAGAAAAAGGCAUGUCAAAAAUGUUAUGAAUUGAUUUGCUUUUUAAUGAGGGAAAUAAGUAUUUGACCCCUCUGCAAAACAUGACUUAGUACUUGGUGGCAAAACCCUUGUUGGCAAUCACAGAGGUCAGAUGUUUCUUGUAGUUUGCCACCAGGUUUGCACACAUCUCAGGAGGGAUUUUGUCCCACUCCUCUUUGCAGAUCUUCUCCAAGUCAUUAACGUUUCGAGGCUGAGGUUUGGCAACUCGAACCUUCAGCUCCCUCCACAGAUUUUCAAUGGGAUUAAGGUCUGGAGACUGGCUAGGCCACUCCAGGACCUUAAUGUGCUUCUUCUUGAGCCACUCCUUUGUUGCCUUGGCUGUGUGUUUUGGGUCAUUGUCAUACUGGAAUACCCCAUCCACGACCCAUUUUCAAUGCCCUGGCUGAGGGAAGGAGGUUCUCACCCAAGAUUUGACGGUACAUGGCCCCGUCCAUCAUCCCUUUGAUGCGGUGAAGUUGUCCUGUCCCUUUAGCAGAAAAACACCCCCAAAGCAUAAUGUUUCCACCUCCAUGUUUGACGGUGGGGAUGGUGUUCUUGGGGUCAUAGGCAGCAUUCCUCCUCCUCCAAACACGGCGAGUUGAGUUGAUGUCAAAGAGCUCGAUUUUGGUCUCAUCUGACCACAACAUUUUCACCCAGUUCAGUACAGACGGGCCUGUAUAUGUGCUUUCUUGAGCAGGGGGACCUUGCGGGCGCUGCAGGAUUUCAGUCCUUUGUGGUGUCGAGACAACGAUGCUGAUAUGCUGUGAUGACAAGAAAUCCGCUGACACUGUCCUUGAUUAUAAUGGUUUAUUACAUCAAAGAUUACAGUGUCAAUUUACAGACUCCUGCAGAAAUCCAGAGAACAACUGACCCAAUCUCUAAUAUGUUAUUCUCUCCGUCCUUUUUUCUAAACAUGGUAUUUAUAUCCUAUGUAACAUAAUAUGGCGUGAUUUUAAUAGACCAAUCCCCGGCCUCUACAUAGCAGACUCUCCUCUGUUUUAGGGGGCCCCUAUAAUAAUGUUUUCCAGAUGUUUCCGCAAGCAGAGCCAAGUUCCUCUAACACACCAUUUGCAAACGUCAGCAAAAUCAUAAACUGUUUAGACACAACACCUUCACGGCGUAGUGUGUUACCAAUUGUUUUCUUGGUGACUAUGGUCCCAGCUGCAUUGAGAUCAUUGACAAGAUCCUCUCAUGUAGUUCUGGGCUUAUUCCUCACCGUUCUCAUGAUCAUUGCAACUCCACGAGGUGAGAUCUUGCAUGGAGCCCCAGGCCGAGGGAGAUUGACAGUUCUUUUGUGUUUCUUCCAUUUGCGAAUAAUCGCACCAACUGUUGUCACCUUCUCACCAAGCUGUUUGGCGAUGGUCUUGUAUCCCAUUCCAGCCUUGUGUAGGUCUACAAUCUUGUCCCUGACAUCCUUGGAGAGCUCUUUGGUCUUGGCAAUGGUGGAGAGUUUGGAAUCUGAUUGAUUGAUUGCUUCUGUGGACAGGUGUCUUUUAUACAUAUCCUGCUCACACUGCCCUACCCUAUGCUUUGACUUCUUUCUCCCCUCUCUCUCCAGAUAAAAUCUUGCGACUUGUUGACGGCAGGCCGCCCAACAACCUGCCCGCUUGACCCUAUCCCCUCCUCUCUUCUCCAGACCAUCUCCGGUGACCUUCUCCCUUACCUCACCUCGCUGAUCAACUCAUCCUUGACCGCUGGCUAUGUCCCUUCCGUCUUCAAGAGAGCGAGAGUUGCACCCCUUCUCAAAAAACCAACACUCGAUCCCUCUGAUGUCAACAACUACAGACCAGUAUCCCUUCUUUCUUUUAUCUCCAAAACUAUUGAGUGUGCCGUCUUUAGCCAACUCUCUUGCUAUCUCUCUCAGAAUGACCUUCUUGAUCCAAACCAGUCAGGUUUCAAGACUGGUCAUUCAACUGAGACUGCUCUUCUCUGUGUCACGGAGGCUCUCCGCACUGCUAAAGCUAACUCUCUCUCCUCUGCUCUUGUCCUUCUAGACCUGUCUGCUGCCUUUGAUACUGUGAACCAUCAGAUCCUCCUCUCCACCCUCUCCGAGCUGGGCAUCUCCGGUGCGGCUCACUCUUGGAUUGCAUCCUACCUGACCGGUCGCUCCUACCAAGUGGCGUGGCGAGAAGCUGUCUCCGCACCACGUGCUCUCACCACUGGUGUCCCCCAGGGCUCAGUUCUAGGCCCUCUCCUAUUCUCGCUAUACACCAAGUCACUUGGCUCUGUCAUAUCCUCACAUGGCCUCUCCUAUCAUUGCUACGCUGACGACACACAACUAAUCUUCUCCUUUCCCCCUUCUGAUAACCAGGUGGCGAAUCGCAUCUCUGCAUGUCUGGCAGACAUAUCAGUAUGGAUGACGGAUCACCACCUCAAGCUGAACCUUGGCAAGAUGGAGCUGCUCUUCCUCCCGGGGAAGGACUGCCUGUUCCAUGAUCUCGCCAUCACGGUCGACAACUCCGUUGUGUCCUCCUCCCAGAGUGCGAAGAGCCUUGGCGUGACCCUGGACAACACCCUGUCUUUCUCCGCUAACAUCAAGGCGGUGACCCGAUCCUGUAGGUUCAUGCUCUACAACAUUCGGAGAGUACGACCCUGCCUUACACAGGAAGCGGCACAGGUCCUAAUCCAGGCACUUAUCAUCUCCCGUCUGGAUUACUGCAACUCGCUGUUGGCUGGGCUCCCUGCCUGUGCCAUUAAACCCCUACAACUCAUCCAGAAUGCCGCAGCCCGUCUGGUGUUCAACCUUCCCAAGUUCUCUCACGUCACCCCGCUCCUCCGCACACUCCACUGGCUUCCAGUUGAAGCUCGCAUCUGCUACAAGACCAUGGUGCUUGCCUACGGAGCUGUGAGGGGAACGGCACCUCCGUACCUUCAGGCUCUGAUCAGUCCCUACACCCAAACGAGGGCACUGCGUUCAUCCACCUCUGGCCUGCUGGCUCCCCUACCUCUGCGGAAGCAUAGUUCCCGCUCAGCCCAGUCAAAACUGUUCGCUGCUCUGGCACCCCAAUGGUGGAACAAGCUCCCUCACAACGCCAGGACAGCGGAGUCACUCACCACCUUCCGGAGACAUUUGAAACCCCACCUCUUUAAGGAAUACCUGGGAUAGGAUAAAGUAAUCCUUCUACCCCCCCCCCCCCCCCCCCUUACACCAACCCCCCCCCCCCCAAAAAAAAAAAAAAAAAUACAUUGUAAAGUGGUUAUCCCACUGGCUAUAAGGUGAAUGCACCUAUUUGUAAGUCGCUCUGGAUAAGAGCGUCUGCUAAAUGACGUAAAUGUAAAUGUAAAUGUAUAAAGGUAACAAACUGAGAUUAGGAGCACUCCCUUUAAGAGUGUGCUCCUAAUCUCAGCUCGUUACCUGUAUAAAAGACACCUGGGAGCCAGAAAUCUUUCUGAUUGAGAGGUGGUCAAAUACUUAUUUCCCUCAUUAAAAUGCUAAUCAAUUUAUAACAUUUUUGACAUGCGUUUUUCUGGAUUUUGUUGUUGUUAUUCUGUCUCUCACUGUUCAAAUAAACCUACCAUUAAAAUGAUAGACUGAUCAUUUCUUUGUCAGUGGGCAAACGUACAAAAUCAGCAGGGGAUCAAAUACUUUCUUCCCUCACUGUAAAUGUUAAACAAUUAAAAAAACAUUACAAUACAUUAAGUGGGUGUCCUCAAGCCACUACUCUAUGACCACAUAUCUACAACACAAAAUCCAUGUGUGCGUAUGUUAUCAUGUGCCUGUGUGUGUGUCUCUACACAGUCCCAGCUGUUCCAUAAGGUGUAUGUUUAUCUGUUUGUUUAAAUCUGAUUUAACUGCUUGCAUGAGUUACUUAAUGUGGAAUAGAGUUCCAUGUAGUCAUGGCUCUAUGUAAUACUGUGCACCUCCCAUAGUCUGUGUGUGUGCGCGUAUGUGUGUGUGACUGACAACCAGAUAUUAGGAGAGAGGCUGUUAGUGCGUCUGUGUUUAGUUUACAGCAACACUGACUGCUAUGUAAACACAGACAGAGAGGAGGAGCAGACGAGAGGAGAGGAGAGAAAGGAGAGGGAGUGGAGAUGAGAUGAGAGGAGUGAGAGGAGAGGGAGGGAGAGGUGUUUAGAGUCCAUUGCACAGAUGUUCUGGUAGGGCUGCGGUGGACAUGGGGUGGACAUGGACGGUUGCUCUGGUUUCCGUUCUGAACCAUGUACUGCAACAUCAGAAUGAAGUUCACAAAGUGUAAUUGAGUAUGUGGACACAUGGCAGAGAGGAAAUUGCCAUACAGUGCCUUUGGAAAGUAUUCAGACCCCUUGACUUUUUACACAUUUUGUUACAUUACAGCCUAUUCUAAAAUUGAUUAAAUCGUGUUUUUUUACCCUCAUCAAUCUACACACAAUACCCCAUAAUUACAAAGCAAAAACACGUUUUUAGAAAAUGUUGCUAAUUUAUUAAAGAUAAAUAUUCUCUGAAGAUGCUCUCAAGCUCUGUCAGGCUGGAUGGGAAGCAUUGCUGCAAAGUUAUUUUCAGGUCUCUCCAGAGGUGUUCGAUCGGGUUCAAGUCCGGCUCUUCUAGGCCACUCGAGGACAUUCGGAGACUUGUCCAGAAGCAACUCCUGCAUUGUCUUGGCUGUGAUCUUAAGGUCGUUGUCCUGUUGGAAUGUGAACCUUCACCCCAGUCUGAGGUCCUGAGUGCACUGGAGCAGGUUUUCAUCAAGGUUCUCUCUGUACUUUGCUCCGUUCAUCUUUGCCUCGAUCCUGACUAGUCUCCCAGUACCUGCCGCUGAAAAACAGCCCCACAACAUGCUGCCACAAACAUGCUUCACAGUAGGGAUGGUGCCAGGUUUCCUCCAGAUAUGACGCUUGGCAUUCAGGCCAAAGCGUUCAAUCUUGGUUUCAUCAGACCAGAGAAUCUUGUUUCUCAUGGUCUGAGAGUCUUUAGGUGCCCUUUGGCAAACUCCAAGCGGGAUGUCAUGUGCCUUUUACUGAGGAGUGGCUUCUGUCAGGCCACUCUACCAUAAAGGCCUGAUUGGUGGAGUGCUGCAGAGAUGGUUGUCCUUCUGGAAGGUUCUCCCAUCUCCAUAGAGGAACUCUAGAGCUCUGUCAGAGUGACCAUCGUGCUCUUGGUCACCUCCCUGACCAAGGCCCUUCUCCCCUGAUUGCUCAGUUUGGCUGGCGGCCAGCUCUAGGAAGAGUCUUGGUGGUUCCAAGCUUCUUUCCUUUAAGAAUGAUGGAGGCCACUGAGUUCUUGAGGACCUUCAAUGCUGCAGACAUGUUUUGUACCCUUCCCUAGAUCUGUGCCUUGACACAAUCCUGUCUCAGAGCUCUAUGGAGAAUUCCUUCAACCUCGUGGCUUGGUUUUUGCUCUAACAUGCACUGUGAACUUUGGGACCUUAUAUAGACAGGUGUGUGCCUUUUCAAAUCAUGUCUAAUCAAUUGAAUUUACCACAGGUGGACUCCAAUCAAUUUGUAGAAACAUCUCAAGGAUGAUCAAUGGAAACAGGAUUCACCUGAGCUCAAUUUCGAAUUUCAUAGCAAAGGGUCUGAAUACUUAUGUAAAUUCUAGAUUCCAAGAUGGCGUAGUAGUGCGGUCGUGUAUUGUGUUGUGUCCUCGUGUAAAUAGCCAGUUUUUUUUUGUUUUUUGUCUUUUAUUCGUAUAUAUUUCUCUCUCACUUUCCAUCCUUUAACUAAAUAUACUUUCCUGCAACCCGCCUCACCCAAUGUGGAACGGAUUCUAUGAUUUCUUUAUUUUUAUCAAGAACCUACGGCUGAAACUAGCCAGCUAGCCAGCUAACUAGCUACUUGCUAUUAGCCACCGUUAGCGGUCUUCACCACUGUCCGUGGCCUGCACUACCUACCAGCCAGCUCUAGCCUGGACAAUUAUAGGCCAGUCUGCACAGUGUGCAAUCGACCCAGAGCAUAUCGGAUUUUCUGCUGGAAUCACUGAAUCACUGGACCUUAACACCGGACCAUCGCAACUAGCUAGCUGCAAACGAAUGGCUGUUGUUGGCUAAUCACCACUUCCAGACAUACCAGUUAGCCUUGAGCUAGCCUUGAGCCAGGCCCAUCUCCCGGCUAUCUACCUCUCUGUCAACCGGACGGGACCUCCUAGUGUCGACACGGAGCCCCGCUGAUCCAUCACGACUGGUCUGCCGACGUAAUCGUCUGAUGUGGUUUCAACAGGCUUCCAGUUGCGACGACCACGAAGAUCCAUCUGCUAGCCCCGGCCCGCUAGCACGCGCAAUCAACAGCCGUGCCUCCUGCUCGCCUGUGCUUUAGCAGCCUACGAUCUGCUCUCGGACUUACUUAGUGCUGUGCACUGGACCUUAUGAUCACUCAGCUACACAGCUAAUGCCUGCUGUACUGUUCCUUUACACGGUACACAGUACGAGUGGCGCAGUGGUCUAAGGCACUGCAUUGCAGUGCUAGCUGUGCCACUAGAGAUCCUGGUUGGAAUCCAGGUUCUGUCGUAGCCGGCCGUGACCGGGCGGCCCACAAUUGACCCAGUGUCGUCCAGGGUAGGGGAGGGAAUGGCCGGCAGGGAUGUAGAGCAUGGUGUUUGCAACGCCAGGGUUGUGGGUUCGAUUCCCACGGGGGGCCAGUAUGAAAAAUUAAAAGAAUAAAAAGAAUGUAUGCACUCACUAACUGUAAGUCGCUCUGCUAAAUGACUAAAAUGUUAAAUGUAAAUGAACCCCAUCCUGUUUAUCUGUUUAGCCUCAGCCCAAACUUUCGUCACCAUUACCAGUUGUUGUCUUAGCCCUCUCGAAUAACACCUGUGAUACGUUAUGCUUCUCUCCCAUGUCAAUAUGCCUAGCCUAUUGCUGUUUGGGUUAGUUCUUAUUAUACAAUUUCACUCUAGAGCCCCAAGUUCAGCUCAACCAGCCUCAGAUAGCUCCUUUGUCCCACCCCACACACACGCAGAGACCAGCUCAAUCGGUACCUCUAGUGAUGCUAUCUCUUUCAUAGUUACCCAAUGCUAAGGUGUACCUCCACUGUACUCAUAUCCUUCCAUAUCCUUUUUUGUACAUAAUGCCCUGAAUCUGUUCUACAACACCCAGAAAUCUUAUUCUCUGUACCCAACGCACUAGAAGACCAGUUCUUAAAGCCUUUAGCCAUAUCCUUAUACUAUUCCUCCUCUGUUCCUCUGGUGAUGCAGAGGUUAACCCAGGCCCUGUAGCCCCCAGUAUCACUCCUACCCCCCAGGCGCUAUCAUUUGUUGACUUCUGUAACUGUAAAAGCCUUGGUUUCUUGCAUGUUAACAUCAGAAGGCUCCUCCUCAAGGUUGAGUUAUUCACUGCAUUAGCACACUCUGCCAACCCUGAUGUUCUAGCAGUGUCUGAAUCUUAGCUUCAGAAAUUUCCAUUCCGAACUACAACUUUUUCGGUCUAGAUAGAACUGCCAAAGGGGGCGGAGUUGCAAUCUACUGUAGAGAUAGCCUGCAGAGCUCUAUCAUACUAUCCAGGUCUGUGCCCAAACAGUUUGAGCUUCUACUUCUAAAAAUCCACCUUUCCAGAAAUAAGUCUCUCACUGUUGCAGCUUGCUACAGACUCCCCUCAGCCCCCAGUUGUGCCUGGACACCAUAUGUGAAUUGCUUGCCCCCCAUCCAUCCUCAGAGUUCGUACUGCUUGGUGACCUAAACUGGGAUGUGCUUAACACCCCGGCCAUCCUACAAUCUAAACUAGAUGCCCUCAAUCUCACACAAAUUAUAAAGGAACCUACCAGGUUCAACCCUAAGUCCGUAAACAUGGGCACCCUCAUAGAUAUCAUUCUGACUAAUUUACCCUCUAAAUACACCUCCACUGUCUUCAACCGGGAUCUCAACGAUCACAGCCUCAUUGCCUGCAUCCGUAAUGGGUCCGCGGUCAAACGACCACCCCUCAUCACUGUCAAACGCUCCCUAAAACACUUCAGCGAGCAGGCCUUUCCAAUUGACCUGGCCCGGGUAUCCUGGAUGGAUAUUGACCUAAUUCCAUCAGUAGAGGAUGCCUGGAUGUUCUUCAAAUGUGCUUUCCUCUCCAUCUUAAAUAAGCAUGUCCCAUUCAGAAAAUUCAGAUCUAAGAACAGAUAUAGCCCCUGGAUCACCCCAGACGUGACUGCCCUUGACCAGCACAAAAACAUCCUGUGGCGUACUGCAUUAGCAUCGAACAGCCCCCGCGAUAUGCAACUUUUCAGGGAAGUCAGGAACCAAUAUACAAAAUCAGUUAGGAAAGCAAAGGCUAGCUUUUUCAAACAGAAAUUUGCAUCCUGUAGCACUAACUCCAAAAGGUUUUGGGACACUGUAAAGUACAUGGAGAAUAAGAGCACCUCCUCCCAGAUACCCACUACACUGAGGCUAGGAAACACUGUCACCACCGAUAAAUCUACGAUAAUCGAGUAUUUCAAUAAGCAUUUUGCUACGGCUGGCCAUGCUUUCCACCUGGCUACACCUACCCUGGCCACCAGCUCUGCACCCUCCGCUGCAACUUUCCCAUGCCCCCCUGCUUCUCCUUCACCCAAAUUCAGAUAGCUGAUGUCCUGAAAGAGUUGCUAAAUCUGGACCCCUACAAAUCAGCUGGGCUAGACAAUCUGGACCCUUUCUUUCUAAAAUUAGCCGCCGAAAUUGUCGCAACCCAUAUUACUAGCCCGUUCAACCUCUCUUUCGUAUCGUCUGAGAUCCCCAGAGAUUGGAAAGCUGCCGCGGUCAUCCCCCUCAUCAAAGGGGGUGACACUCUAGAUCCAAACUGUUACAGACCUAUAUCCAUCCUGCCCUGCCUUUCGAAAGUAUUUGAAAGCCAAGUUAACAAACAGAUCACCGACCCAUUUCGAAUCCCACCGUACCUUCUCCGCUAUGCAAUCUAGUUUCUGAGCUGGUCAUGGGUGCACCUCAGCCAUGCUCAAGGUCCUAAACUAUAUAAUAACCACGAUCGAUAUAAGACAGUACUGUGCAGCCGUCUUCAUCAACCUGGCCAAGACUUUCGACUCUGUCAAUCACCACAUUCUUAUUGGUAGACUAAAUAGCCUUGGUUUCUCAAAUGACUGCCUCGCCUGGUUCACCAACUACUUCUCAGAUAGAGUUCAAUGUGUCAAAUCGGAGGGCCUGUUGUCUGGACUUUUGGCAGUCUCUAUGGGGGUGCCACAGGGUUUAAUCUCGGGCCGACUCUAUUCUCUGUGUAUAUCAACGAUGUCGCUCUUGCUGCUGGUGACUCUCAGAUCCACCUCUACGCAGACGACACCAUUUGGUAUACAUCUAGCCCUUCAUUGGACACUGUGUUAACAAACCUCCAAACGAGCUUCAAUGCCAUACAACACUCCUUCCGUAGCCUCCAACUGCUCUUAAACGCUAGUAAAACUAAAUGCAUGCUCUUCAAUCGAACGCUGCUUGCACCCGCCCACCCGACUAGAAUGUGUGUGGUCCUCUGUAGCUCAGCUGGUAGAGCACGGCGCUUGUAACGCCAAGUAGUGGGUUCGAUCCCCGGGACCACCCAUACACAAAAAUGUAUGCACGCAUGACUGUAAGUCGCUUUGGAUAAAAGCGUCUGCUAAAUGGCAUAUUAUAUUAUUAUAUUAUAGAAUCACUACUCUCGGCGGGUCUGAGUUAGAAUAUGUGGACAACUACAAAUACCUACCUUAGACCGUAAACUGUCCUUCCAGACUCACAUUAAGCAUCUCCAAUCCAAAGUUAAAUCUACAAUCUGCUUCCUAUUUUGCAACAAAGCCUCCUUUGCUCAUGCUGCUAAACAUGCCCUCGUAAAACUGACCAUCCUACCGAUCCUUAACUUCGGCGAUGUAAUUUACAAAAUAGCUUCCAACACUCUACUCAGCAAAUUGGAUGUAGUCUAUCACAGUGCCAUCCGUUUUCUCACCAAAGCCAACACCUCCUUUGGCCGCCAUUCCUUCCAGUUCUCUGCUGCAAAUGACUGGAACGAACUGCAACAAUCUCUGAAGCUGGAGACACUUAUCUCCCUCACUAACUUUAAGCAUCAGUUUUCAGAGCAGCUUACUGAUCACUGCACCUGUACACAGCCCAUCUGUAAUUAGCCCACCCAACUACCUCAUCCCCAUAUUGUUAUUUACAUUGUUAUUUAUUUUGCUCAUUUGCACCCCAGUAUCUCUAUUUGCACAUCAUCCUCUGCACAUCUAUCACUCCAGUGUUAAUACUAAAUUGUAAUUAUUUUGCACUAUGUCCUAUUUAUUGCCUUACCUCCAUAACUUACUACAUUUGCACACACUGUAUAUAGAUUUUCUAUUGUGUUUUUGACUGUAUGUUUUGUUUAUUCCAUAUGUAACUGUUGUUGUUGUUUUCAUCGCACUACUUUGCUUUAUCUUGGCCAGGUCGCAGUUGGAAAUGAGAACUUGUUCUCAACUGGCUUACCUGGUUAAAUAAAGGUGAAAUAAAAAAUAAAACAUCUUUAAUACAUUUGCAAAAUAUUCUAAAAACCUGUUUUCGAUUUGUCAUUAUGGUGUAUUGUGUGUAGAUUGCUGAGGAAUUACUUUUAUUUAAUACAUUUUAGAAUAAAGCUGUAAAGUAACAAAAUGUGGAAAUAGUCAAGGGGUCUAAAUACUUUCCAAAGGUGCUGUAUUUCAUGCCCAUAGACAUGGCUGUUGUGGACCCUAUGCAUCAUAUUUUACUGGGGACAGCUGGAUGAUGUAAUACUAAGAAAUAUUCCUCUUAAUUUAAAGUUGAUGCACUGAAAGCACCUGCUAAAAUCUGUGUUCUCAGUUCAAUCCACAAAAAUAGAAAUGUUUGACAUGAAUUUACUAAAAUGUAAACACUUAUCCAGAGCAACCAGGGUUAAGUGCCUUGCUCAUGGGUACAUACAUUCUUUUUUUUCAGCUAGUCAUCUUGGGGAUUUGACCAAACAACCUUUCAGUUACUGGUCCAAUGCUCCUAACCACUAGGCUACCUGCUGCCCUGCUUUCCAUACUCCUUAUUCGUUGUUAUGACUUGUGGAUGAUGCCCAUUAUGAUUGCGGGAGCCAUUUUGCCAAAGCCUGUACCAUCUUAUGUACAAGAUAUAUCACAGUGGAGCAAGUUGGAGAGGCUCAUCGCCACUUGCAACAGUUCGGUGAGAGCUUUGCUAGGUUUUAUCGAAAACAGUAUUGCACACCAAAUAUGCACCACCAUAGCCACUUGAAGAAAAGCUUUUUGGACUAUGGUCCAGUAUAUAGCUUCUGGUGCUUUCCAUUUGAGUGAGUUCAUAGGUAAACAGAAAACCAACAAUCACAGCAUCUCAGUUCAGUUAAUGAGAAAGGUUUUAACUGUGCCCAAGAGGUUAAGAGCAUGCUGGCCAACUGACUUUGAUGAUAUAAAAAACUUGUUAGCAGGCGGUCAUGUGAGAUAACAUACAUGUAGGUCCUGAUGGUACCAAGUAUUUACAUGCCAUUGAUCAGCGUGAGAAUAAGGAUCGGACCAGUGUUGAAUUUGCAGUGAGCUCAGACAUUUGUAAUAGCAAGUGAAGAUAGGAAUGAUCUGUAUAGUGUCUUCACAUUAAUGUAUCCAAACAAUGAUCUCACCAUUGUACAGCUGACAGAACAACAUGAUAAGGGAGACAUGCUGGGAUAGGUUAUAAGCACUGACCAAAGUAGAUGUUUUCUCCUGAGUGGCGCAGUGGUCUAAGGCAUUGCAUCGCAGUGCUGACUGUGCCACCAGAGAUCCUGGUUCGAAUCCAGGCUCUGUCGCAGCAGGCCACGACCGGGAGACUCAUGGGCGGCGCACAAUUGGCCCAGCGUCGUCCAGGGUAGGGGAGGGAAUGGCCGGCAGGGAUGUAGCUCAGUUGAUAGAGCAUGGCGUUUGCAACGCCAGGGUUGUGGGUUCGAUUCCCACGGGGGGCCAGUAUAAAAAAAAAUAUAUGUAUUCACUAACUGUAAGUCGCUCUGGAUAAGUGCGUCUGCUAAAUGACUAAAAUGUAAUGUAAAUGUACUUGCAAAUUGGUUUGCCACUAACAGACAGGCCUACCACGCAUUCGACCAGAUAGAGCUAAUGUCAGAGUUUAGUGUGAACCCCUUUUAACUCCACCAAACACAGGAUUUAAUGUUCACCAGCAUACAACCCCAAAACAGAAGACCAGGACAGGUAAGUAUGCUCAAGGUAAAUUUUAUACACUGCUCAAAAAAAUAAAGGGAACACUAAAAUAACACAUCCUAGAUCUGAAUGAAUGAAAUAAUCUUAUUAAAUACUUUUUUUCUUUACAUAGUUGAAUGUGCUGACAACAAAAUCACACAAAAAUUAUCAAUGGAAAUCAGCUUUAUCAGCCCAUGGAGGUCUGGAUUUGGAGUCACCCUCAAAAUUAAAGUGGAAAACCACACUACAGGCUGAUCCAACUUUGAUGUAAUGUCCUUAAAACAAGUCAAAAUGAGGCUCAGUAGUGUGUGUGGCCUCCACGUGCCUGUAUGACCUCCCUACAACGCCUGGGCAUGCUCCUGAUGAGGUGGCGGAUGGUCUCCUGAGGGAUCUCCUCCCAGACCUGGACUAAAGCAUCCGCCAACUCCUGGACAGACCUUGGUGGAUGGAGCGAGACAUGAUGUCCCAGAUGUGCUCAAUUGGAUUCAGGUCUGGGGAACGGGCGGGCCAGUCCAUAGCAUCAAUGCCUUCCUCUUGCAGGAACUGCUGACACACUCCAGCCACAUGAGGUCUAGCAUUGUCUUGCAUUAGGAGGAACCCAGGGCCAACCGCACCAGCAUAUGGUCUCACAAGGGGUCUGAGGAUCUCAUCUCGGUACCUAAUGGCAGUCAGGCUACCUCUGGCGAGCACAUGGAGGGCUGUGCGGCCCCCCAAAGAAAUGCCACCCCACACCAUGACUGACCCACCGCCAAUCCGGUCAUGCUGGAGGAUGUUGCAGGCAGCAGAACGUUCUCCACGGCGUCUCCAGACUCUGUCACAUCUGUCACGUGCUCAGUGUGAACCUGCUUUCAUCUGUGAAGAGCACAGGGCGCCAGUGGCGAAUUUGCCAAUCUUGGUGUUCUCUGGCAAAUGCCAAACGUCCUGCACGGUGUUGGGCUGUAAGCACAACCCCCACCUGUGGACGUCGGGCCCUCAUACCACCCUCAUGGAGUCUGUUUCUGACCGUUUGAGCAGACACAUGCACAUUUGUGGCCUGCUGGAGGUCAUUUUGCAGGGCUCUGGCAGUGCCCCUCCUUGCACAAAGGCGGAGGUAGCAGUCCUGCUGCUGGGUUGUUGCCCUCCUACGGCCUCCUCCACGUCUCCUGAUGUACUGGCCUGUCUCCUGGUAGCGCCUCCAUGCUCUGGACACUACGCUGACAGACACAGCAAACCUUCUUGCCACAGCUCGCAUUGAUGUGCCAUCCUGGAUGAGCUGCACUACCUGAGCCACUUGUGUGGGUUGUAGACUCCAUCUCAUGCUACCACUAGAGUGAAAGCACCACCAGCAUUCAAAAGUGACCAAAACAUCAGCCAGGAAGCAUAGGAACUGAGAAGUGGUCUGUGGUCACCACCUGCAAAACCAGUCCUUUAUUGGGGGUGUCUUGCUAAUUGCCUAUAAUUUCCACCUGUUGUCUAUUCCAUUUGCACAACAGCAUGUGACAUUUAUUGUCAAUCAAUGUUGCUUCCUAAGUGGACAGUUUGAUUUCACAGAAGUGUGAUUGACUUGGAGUUACAUUGUGUUGUUUAAGUGUUCCCUUUAUUUUUUUGAGCAGUGUAUUAUCGGGCAUGCAAAAGUGACACUGCACACAGAAUUAUUCUGACAUGGCACUGCAACAAGAUAGUUAUUCUCAGGGAAGGCACUGCAAACAAUAUGGUGAAAGGCACUACAAUCUCGCUCUGGUGCUGCACACAAUAUGGGACCCACCCUUGGCCCUGUUCUACUCUGCCAACCCCUCUAACGGACUCUACUGCUAUGGGACAAAUAGGGAGGGGGAAAGACAGACAAGAGAACGUACAUAAACGUUGGAGAUAUGUUCGGUUUCUAGGGCCCGAAGAGAACAAUUUCCCAAGAAAAUAACGUCUCUGUAUUCGAUAUCCACAUCCGCAAAGCUAUUUUGACCCAGCCAGUUGAGUUGCAUGAAUAACCCAUUGGGAUUACCCAUCAGUUGGGUAUUUUUUACUCUCAUGCUUGAUUGACCUAGUAGCUGGGUCUUUUUGAAUAUAAUCCUUAGGUUUUUUUCAGGAGGUGUGGCUUAUUAGGGGCUUGUCUUUGAUGUAGAUCUUAUUGGCCACCCAUGAGAGAAAAUGUCAUUCCUGUUCAUCAAAUUUACAUACUGCAAUUCCAGAAACAAAUGUUUUACACAUACUUGUAUAAUAUUAAGAUUAUUUAUUACAUAUUAUAAUAAAGCAUACCACCUAAUGGGGUUUACAUAGGCUUUUAGGGAACUCAUACACUUCUAUAUGCAUCAUUGAAGUUACAAACAUUUCAACAUUCAACCUUAACGUGUAAUAACUAUGCAACAGAACACAUGAACAGGAAUUACAUUUACUCUAAUGGGUGGCUACAAAUAACUAUCUGAAUACCACGCCCCUACUAAACUGCAGAGAAUGAAGUUGGGUUACUUCUACGUUACUUUGGGUUACUCCUAAGUCAUGAUCUACAACAUUGGGACCUUCCAUUAUGGAGCUUUUUUUUGGUGUGGAUUUAGGCCUAUACUGUACAUUCUUAUCAGUUGUGGUCCUCCAUUGUAUUCACCUUUCCUUAUUUCUAUUGUGGAUUGUGUUUCUGUGCGUCAAUGGAAAGUCUACAAAACUAUGAGAAAACCAACCUUUGUAUUGAAUACAUGGAAUUGGAUUGUGAUUGCCCAUAAUUCUGCACCUUUGGAUAGUUGUACUUCUAGUUUUGAUCAUCAUGAUUUAGUGACUGCAAAGAAAAUGUAUAGUUUUACUGGGAUUUUUAGAAGACAGACUAACAUUCUGUUUUGUCUGCUUGGACUCAAGAGAUUAUUAUGGUUGCGUUAAUCUUUAGCAGGCAGUCGAGUUUCAUUUGAUGAAUGUAUUUGCAAUUUUGAUGGUAUAGUAUAGUUUGAUUAAUGUAUUUAUGUUUUGAGAAGGCAACUACAAUCUGAAAACACAUUUACUGUUUUGCAAAAGGCCACAGAGUUCUGUGUCUUGAGGACUCUGUUCUGAAAAUCAACAGCAUUGUUUCAAAGAAAUGCCUGUAUGUGAAUGAGAAAAACUGUAACCAGAUGGAUUUCUGCCUGAGACAGUCACACAGACGUGUUAUUUACCAGCAGGUACUCAGCAGCAGCUCAAUACUGGGUCCUCGCUGGCGCUGCACUGGCUGGGGUAGGGCUGACAUCUCAAAACUAUCUGUAUCUUUCUUUUCUGGAUGAUACUUUUUGUCUGUGUUCCCUGGCUCUCAUUCAGUUACCACUGAUCCUGCCUUGUAAGGUGAGCAGGACCUCUCUUCUUGGGCUGAUAACAUGGUGUUGUCACUAGACACAUAGAAUGUCUUUAGGUGGGUUACAGCUAAUCUUUUUGGGGUGAACCAUUGUUUGUCAGUUUCAGGAGAUCUGUGAGGUAACUCGUGUGAACGAUGACCUCUGUGUUCCUCUAUAGGCAUCACCCGGACCGUCCUGCACCCUGCAGCCAUGACAAGAGAGGGCAGGAGGCGGAGCUCGCUGCCUGAGGCAAGCUAGACCCUCUUUAACAGCCGUGAUCUGCUGCCCAGAUCCACUCUAUUCCACUCCACUCCACUCCACUCCACUCUGCUCUACUCUACUCUACUUUACCCCAGAGCUGUCCCCCCUGCUGCCCAUCCAUGUGGAUCCAGAGAUGAUAAUGUAUCACCGCUGGUCCUUCAACGUCCUGGUGGUCAUCUUCCUUCUGCUCUCCACCGCAGGUCAGAUCACGCUCUUAUUUUGAGUGCCUAGUUUUACCCUAAUACAGUGGGCUGAAACUCGUGGUUUACAGGCCACUAGUGAUGUGCAGUUUGCAAACAAUUUGUUAUAUUUAAACAACUGUUUUUACUUACUCGAGAGUCAUGAUACAUUUUUCAGAGUGACUCGUUCAUUUUAGUUAGUUUCACCUGCCAGUUGCAAUGAAUCCUUUAGCAGGAUUAAUAUGCGCUUCUCCGGCUCAUCGGCUCCAGAGACUAAUCCGACUGCCAACUCAUCUAUCUAUCAAAUGUUCAAGCAGGAAAAUAGAUCAUGCUGCUUGCAGCAUAGAGAAGACAAAUACAUGCUUAGAACUGAUAAUUGAGCUCAUGGUGCAAGAAUGAAUGUCAUUAAUUGAAAAUAGAAAGUUUUCAAUUGACACAGCGUUGUACAACCAAAGCAUAGCCUACGCAGCCUGCCUCUGCUUAACAAACUCGAACUCGAGAACAAAUCAUUUGGGGAGCUGCUGCAGUUUGCAAACAAUACAGUAUAUGCUUCUCUCCCUCACAGCAGUCGGGUCAUUCCACAAAGAGUCAUUCACAAUCAAGUCCGGUUGCAGCCUCAACUAGACCUUGUUUCAAAGAUAUCAAGAAAAAAUCAUAUUUGUAUGCCUAGCAAUGUACACUUUUGUCUCAGUCACAAAUUAGUCUUUCUCGUUAAUCUUUUGCCGGUAGGGUGUCUUGCAUGCUCUGGGCAUUACUGAAUCAAAUGAACAAAUUGAGUCAAAAGAUUUGUUCUGUUGACUGAACGAGUUGAAAAGAUCAGAGUCAGUAAAAAGAGUUGAACUUCCCAUCACUACAGGCCUAAACCAUCUAAACUGGAACAACCAUUUCAGUAAUGGGUGUGAUAGGUCCAACUAACAGAUUGGAUUAGUUUAGAAAAACGUACAGUAUUUCAUUUAUAUUUGUGUAGCAUAAGAUUAAUUCAUUAAUCAUUGGACAUGCAAAAACAUUGAAACAAACUAUUUUAAAAAAUCAACCUGCUAUAGAGCAUGCUGGGAAAUAUGAUAAUGAUGGGCGUGGUAUUUGUUGAGCUCUGGUUAUUAAUGCUGCGUUCAUAACAAAGUGUUAAUUACCAGUUGUGUAGUCGUAAAUACCAGUUGGAGGUAUUCACGUGCCAUUGGCUAAUGACCAACAAGCUGCAUCAACCAUGAACUAAAAGUACAGCUAUCAUGCUUGUAAAUAAAUUACAGUGUUCAAAAACAUGUUAAUAGAUUGUUUUUCAUAAAAAUAUAUACAGUGAGGGAAAAAAGUAUUUGAUCCCCUGCUGAUUUUGUAUGUUUGCCCACUGACAAAGACAUGAUCAGUCUAUAAUUUGAAUGGUAGGUUUAUUUGAACAGUGAGAGACAGAAUAACAAUAAAAAAAUCCAGAAAAACACAUGUCAAAAAUGUUAGAAAUUGAUUUGCAUUUUAAUGAGGGAAAUAAGUAUUUGACCCCUCUGCAAAACAUGACUUAGUACUUGGUGGCUAAACCCUUGUUGGCAAUCACAGAGGUCAGACGUUUCUUGUAGUUGGCCACCAGGUUUGCACACAUCUCAGGAGGGAUUCUGUUCCACUCCUCUUUGCAGAUCUUCUACAAGUCAUUAAGGUUUCGAGGCUGACGUUUGGCAACUCGAACCUUCAGCUCCCUCCACAGAUUUUCUAUGGGAUUAAGGUCUGGAGACUGGCUAUGCCACUCCAGGACCUUAAUGUGCUUCUUCUUGAGCCACUCCUUUGUUGCCUUGGCCGUGUGUUUUGGGUCAUUGUCAUGCUGGAAUACCCAUCCACGACCCAUUUUCAAUGCCCUGGCUGAGGGAAGGAGGUUCUCAACCAAAGAGCUCUCCAAGGAUGUCAGGGACAAGAUUGUAGACCUACACAAGGCUGGAAUGGGCUACAAGACCAUCACCAAGCAGCUGGUGAGAAGGUGACAACAGUUGGUGCGAUUAUUUGCAAAUGGAAGAAACACAAAAGACUGUCAAUCUCCCUCGGCCUGGGGCUCCAUACAAGAUCUCACAUCGUGGAGUUGCAAUGAUUACCUCAACUACCUCAACUAGCCGGUGCCCCCGCACAUUGACUCUGCAACGGUACCCCGCUGUAUAUAUAGCCUCCCUACUGUCACUUUAUUUUACUUCUGCUCUUUUUUUUCUCAACACUUUUUUUUGUUGUUGUUUUAUUUUUACUUUUUUUGUUUAAAAUAAAUGCACUGUUGGUUAGGGGCUGUAAGUAAGCAUUUCACUGUAAUGUCUGCACCUGUUGUAUUCGGCGCAUGUGACCAAUAAAAUUUGAUUUGAUUUGAUUUGAUUAUGAGAACGGUGAGGAAUCAGCCCAGAACUACACGGGAGGAUCUUGUCAAUGAUCUCAAGGUAGCUGGGACCAUAGUCACCAAGAAAACAAUUGGUAACACACUAUGCCGUGAAGGACUGAAAUCCUGCAGCACCCGCAAGGUCCCCCUGCUCAAGAAAGCACAUAUACAGGGCCGUCUGAAGUUUGCCAAUGAACAUCUGAAUGAUUCAGAGGAGAACUGGGUGACAGUGUUGUGGUCAGAUGAGACCAAAAUCGAGCUCUUUGGCAUCAACUCAACUCGCCGUGUUUGGAGGAGGAGGAAUGCUGCCUAUGACCCCAAGAACACCAUCCCCACCGUCAAACAUGGAGGUGGAAACAUUAUGCUUUGGGGGUGUUUUUCUGCAAAGGGUACAGGACAACUUCACCGCAUCAAAGGGACGAUGGACAGGGCCAUGUACCAUCAACUCUUGGGUGAGAACCUCCUUCCCUCAGCCAGGGCAUUGAAAAUGGGUCAUGGAUGGGUAUUCCAGCAUGACAAUGACCCAAAACACACGGCCAAGGCAACAAAGGAGUGGCUCAAGAAGAAGCACACAAAGAAGUGGCCUAGCCAGUCUCCAGACCUUAAUCCCAUAGAGAAUCUGUGUCGGGAGCUGAAGGUUCAAGUUGCCAAACGUCAGCCUCGAAACCUUAAUGACUUGGAGAAUAUCUGCAAAGAGGAGUGGAACAGAAUCCCUCCUGAGAUGUGUGCAAACCUGGUGGCCAACUACAAGAAACGUCUGACCUCUGUGAUUGCAAGGGUUUUUCCACCAAGUACUAAGUCAUGUUUUGCAGAGGGGUCAAAUACUUAUUUCCCUCAUUAAAAUGCAAAUCAAUUCAUAAAAUUUUUGACAUGCGUUUUUCAGGAUUGUUUUGUUGUUAUUCUGUCUCUCACUGUUCAAAUAAACAUACCAUUAAAAUUAUAGACUGAUCAUGUCAUUGUCAGUGUGCAAACUUACAAAAUCAGCAGGGGAUCAAAUACCUUUUUUCCCUCACUGUAUAUGUGCUUUCUUGAACAGGGGGACCUUGCGGGCGCUGCAGGAUUUCAGUCCUUCACAGCAUAGUGUGUUACCAAUUGUUUUCUUGGUGACUAUGGUCACAGCUGCCUUGAGAUCAUUCACAAGAUCCUCCCGUGUAGUUCUGGGCUGAUUCCUCACCGCUCUCAUGAUCAUUACAACUCCACGAGGUGAGAUCUUGCAUGGAGCCCCAGGCUGAGGGAGAUUGACAGGUCUUUUGUGUUUCUUCCAUUUGCGAAUACUCGCACCAACUGUUGUCACCUUCUCACCAAGCUGCUUGGCGAUGGUCUUGUAGUCCAUUCCAGCCUUGUGUAGGUCUACAAUCUUGUCCCUGACAUCCUUGGAGAGCUCUUUGAUCUUGUACAUUGUGGAGAGUUUGGAAUCUGAUUGAUUGCUUCUGUGGACAGGUGUCUUUUAUACAGGUAACAAACUGAGAUUAGGAGCACUCCCUUUAAGAGUGUGCUCCUAAUCUCAGCUCGUUACCUGUAUAAAAGACACCUGGGAGCCAGAAAUCUUUAUGAUUGAGAGGGGGUCAAAUAUUUAUUUACCUCAUUAAAAUGCAAAUCAAUUUAUAACAUUUUCGACACGUUUUUCUGGAUUUAUUUGUUGUUAUUCUGUCUCUCACUGUUCAAAUAAACCUACCAUUAAAAUUAUUGACUGAUCAUCUCUUUGUCAGUGGGCAAACGUACAAAAUCAGCAGGGGAUCAAAUACAUUUUUCCCUCACUGUAUAGGUAGUGAAACAAAUGUGAACCAGCAUCAAGACCGUUUACUAUUAUCCUAAAAACGUACAAGAUGUUAACAACAACAAGCAACGGACAAAAUUGAGACAUUAUAAUUAUACUGCGGUGCUGGAAAAAACAGGUGCUUUUCAUUUCAUAUCCUAAAGACCUUUUCUUUCUUUUUGUACUUUUCUUCUCUUGUCUUGCAAAUACUUGCAUUUUAUUCCUUGACGUUUUGCCUUCUUGGUUAAAGGAUACCAUAUUUGAAUACUGCCAAAUAACUUUAAUUGUAAUUUAGGAGCUUUUUAUGAGGGCAAAGGUAGGACUUUGAGAGUUUUUUGGCUUAAUCUCUGACAAUUCUGAUUUAUUUUGGCUAUUACAGUUCUCUCUCUGUCUUUGUGCCCAUGCUAACUGGUGAUUAGGGUUUGUGGUUACUCAUACAGGGUCAUAUUAAACGGUUUCCUGUAUUAGCAGCUAGUUUGGCUUGAAUUGGAAUUCACGUUCAAUCUCAAUUCAACUAUUCUGACAUUAAAUGACACCUGUUGAAAUGGUACAAAGACGUACCACCUUCUAAACUUCUUGACUAUAGCCAGACUCUUGCAGUAAUCUUCCUCGAUAGACUCAGGGCACUCUGCACGCGGAGAUACAGCAGCUGUGAGAAGAGACUAAUCUUGCAGUGGCUUGUGUAUAGCCUUGUCUUCAACCUAAACUUCUUGCGAUAACACAAUAAUUGCCUAAAAUCUCCUCUCUGCAAACCAGCCUCCUCAUCUAUAUGCAAAUGACAGCCUGGCCUCAUUUAGCUGCUUCUUUAGCCAGGUAUGAAUUGGUUGCAGAGAACAUCUGAGACUAACAGAUGAAGAAGGAGAUACCAGGUUUGGGUAAGGCGGUGAGCUAAUCACUGAACUUUAAAGGCUUCUUGGGGGGUUUGUGAAAGAAACAGAACUUUUGAAGUAUAGUUGGCUUCCCGUCUUCACACCUGAUUGCUGAUGUGGGCUUAUUGUUUUAGAAGUUUGACUUGUUUACCAUUUGGAAAGUGUUUAUUUUAUUUUUAUUUUAACCUUUCUUUUGACAGGGAAUACAUAUUGAGACCUAGGUCUCUUUUCCAAAUGUGCCCUUUAUAAUAUAAUAUAAAAAUACAUGUUAUACACAAAUAUAUAUACACAUUAAAAUACAAAAACACGGUCACACAUAAAACAUCACAAAUUCAACUUGUAGUCCUUAGUCCAGUGACUACAUAUCCCUUGCUUUUGGGAACGCAAGAUUACAUUUGCAGUACAAUAUGACGUUGCUGCGUAUAGCUAUAUGAUAUGAUGCACCAAACACUAGCAGCAAACACAGCAGAAACAUAGUUCUGUAAAAUGACAAGCCCAGCUCAUCAUUACACUGUAAAAAAUAUAUGUUGUUUUUACAGUAACUUACUGGCAGCAAGUUACCUGUAAAUUACUGUAAAAAAAGGUACAUCAUAUUACCGUAAUUCCAAAAAACUUUGGUUGAACAGUACAUUUCUUUGGAAUUUAAGGUAACAUACUGUACCUUUUUUUACAGUAACUUACAGGUAACUGGCUGCCAGUAAGUUAUCGUAAAAACAACAGGAUUUUUUUUACAAUGUACUGCAUGCAUCAAAGCGUUCUGCUGUUCUGCUGUCUGUGCACUUCUGUCAUCCCUCAUUAUCACACACAAACACACACACACUCAUACACACACACACACACACUCUGCUCCACUCCCUCUGUCUACCUGUAUGUCAUACUGUUGGUAUAUGAUAUGUGACCACCCAGCAGUUGCUCUAUGGCCAUUCAUUGGUAAGAGAUAGGAGUUCAGCAUUGAAGUCAGCCAAGAUGCAGUCAAUGCAAUCAGAUCCGUUCCUCUGCUAUCUCAAUGGUGAUUGAGUAGAUUUUGUAAAUACUUUUUUACCUUUAUUUUAACAAGGAAGACAUAUUGAAACCUAGGACUCUUUUACAUAUGUGCCCUGCAUAAUACAACAUAAAUAUACAAAUUAUACCCAAAUAUAUAUAUAUAUAUAUAUAUAUAUAUAUAUAUAUAUAUAUAUAUAUAUAUAUAUAUAUAUAUAUAUACAAUUGAAGUCGGAAGUUUACAUACACUUAGGUUGGAGUUAUUAAAACUUGUUUUUCAACCACUCCAAAAUGUCUUAUUAACAAACUAUAGUUUUAGCAAGUCGGUUAGGACAUUGUCGUAGAAAUAUUUGACUCAAAAGUAGUCAACUCAAAAAUAUCUCUCAAGAAACUGGAGCUUGUGAAUCCAAAAAUGUGACUAUAUUAUUGCGUAACAAAGCCGAGCUGCUCCAUGGAACAACUGCCUCUCCUUGGCUUAAAGAUCUCCUUUUAUACACAUACAAAUGCAUAGUCAUGCUUACAUAGAAUAUACAGUUACACCCUUAAGGCAAAUGAUUAACUUCUCUCAGUGCCACAUGUUGUUUUACUCACGAGGGCUACUUGCGCUUCUCUAAAUAGGGCCUCUGUCUCUUAUUAGUGGCGUGACUCAAAAAAUUAUGUACAUAUGUACGUUAAAGAACAAUCACACUCUGUAUUGGCUAUAUUCACUAUCCAGACAUGCAUCUGGAGUACAAAGUAUCAAUCAUGUUCAUUCUGUUUUACCUUUAUCAUUUCAUAACACAUUAUAAAACAUAUCAAUUAAUACUUAAACAUGGUUUAAACAUGUCUUCCGUAACCCAUUCUCAACCACAUAUAUUUAAGCAUUUACCAACAGCCAUCCUCCCUGACCCUUGAGAUUAUGUGCAUGUGUCUAUGUGUCAGGUCAUAAGCACAAACAAAUGAUAACACUAGUUCCAUUGUUACUCCAAUCUCAACACAGCCACCACGAGGAGUUGUAUCUCCAUCACAUAUCAUUGACGUACCCAGACCUGCUGCGGGGAGUUAUCAGAAGCACAGCAUUUGCACUAAAGAAAUGUAUCUGCUCUGUUUUAACCCUUUAAUUGGUUCUUAAUCCAUAAGCAUUUAAGGCAGGGUUCUUCAAUUCCGGUCCUGGAGGGCCGAAACACUUCUGUUUUUUAUUUCUACCUGGUAGUUAAUUGCACUCACCUGGUAUCCCAGGUCUGAAUUAGCCCCUGAUUAGAAGGAGAGGAUGAAAAACAGAGGUGUUUCGGCCCUCCAGGACCGGAAUUGAAGAACCCUGAUUUAAGUCAUAUACAGUGGGGAGAACAAGUAUUUGAUACACUGCCGAUUUUGCAGGUUUUCCUACUUACAAAGCAUGUAGAGGUCUGUUACAACUGCCAGGUCGCAGUUGUAAAUGAGAACCUGUUCUCAACUGGCUUACCUGGUUAAAUAAAGGUGAAAUAAAAAAAAUAAAAAAAAUCAUAAGUACACUUCAACUGUGAGAGACGGAAUCUAAAACAAAAAUCCAGAAAAUCACAUUGUAUGAUUUUUAAGUAAUUAAUUUGCCUUUUAUUGCAUGACAUAAGUAUUUGAUACAUCAGAAAAGCAGAACUUAUUGUUUGGUACAGAAACCUUUGUUUGCAAUUACAGAGAUCAUACGUUUCCUGUAGGUCUUGACCAGGUUUGCAUACACUGCAGCAGGGAUUUUGGCCCACUCCUCCAUACAGACCUUCUCCAGAUCCUUCAGGUUUCGGGGCUGUCGCUGGGCAAUACGUACUUUCAGCUCCCUACAAAGAUUCUCUAUUGGGUUCAGGUCUGGAGACUGGCUAGGCCACUCCAGGACAUUGAGAUGCUUCUUACGGAGCCACUCCUUAGUUGCCCUGGCUGUGUGUUUCGGGUCGUUGUCAUGCCGGAAGACCCAGCCACGACCCAUCUUCAAUGCUCUUACUGAGGGAAGGAGGUUGUUGGCCAAGAUCUCGCGAUACAUGGCCCCAUCCAUCCUCCCCUCAAUACGGUGCAGUCGUCCUGUCCCCUUUGCAGAAAAGCAUCCCCAAAGAAUGAUGUUUCCACAUCCAUGCUUCACGGUUGGGAUGGUGUUCUUGGGGUUGUACUCAUCCUUCUUCUUCCUCCAAACACGGCGAGUGGAGUUUAGACCAAAAAGCUCUGUUUUUGUCUCAUCAGACCACAUUACCUUCUUCCAUUCCUCCUCUGGAUCAUCCAGAUGGUCAUUGGCAAACUUCAGACGGGCCUGGACAUGCGCUGGCUUGAGCAGGGGGACCUUGCGUGCACUGCAGGAUUUUAAUCCAUGACGGCGUAGUGUGUUACUAAUGGUUUUCUUUGAGACUGUGGUCCCAGCUCUCUUCAGGUCAUUGACCAGGUCCUGCCAUGUAGUUCUGGGCUGAUCCCUCACCUUCAUCAUGAUCAUUGAUGCCCCACGAGGUGAGAUCUUGCAUGGAGCCACAGACCGAGGGUGAUUGACCGUCAUCUUGAACUUCUUCCAUUUUCUAAUAAUUGUGCCAACAGUUGUUGCCUUCUCACCAAGCUGCUUGCCUAUUGUCCUGUAGCCCAUCCCAGCCUUGUGCAGGUCUACAAUUUUAUCCCUGAUGUCCUUACACAGCUCUCUGGUCUUGGCCAUUGUGUCGAGGUUGGAGUCUGUUUGAUUGAGUGUGUGGACAGGUGUCUUUUAUACAGGUAACAAGUUCAAACAGGUGCAGUUAAUACAGGUAAUGAGUGGAGAACAGGAGGGCUUCUUAAAGAAAAACUAACAGGUCUGUGAGAGACGGAUUUCUUACUGGUUGGUAGGUGAUCAAAUACUUAUGUCAUGCAAUAAAAUGCAAAUUAAUUACUUAAAAAUCAUACAAUGUGAUUUUCUGGAUUUUUGUUUUAGAUUCCGUCUCUCACAGUUGAAGUGUACCUAUGAUAAAAAUUACAGACCUCUACAUGCUUUGUAAGUAGGAAAACCUGCAAAAUCGGCAGUGUAUCAAAUACUUGUUCUCCCCUCUGUAGGUGUUUCAUUCUACAACAUAUGUACUAGAGAAUCAUCCAUAACAUCUAUUUUGUGCAUGACACAAGUAAUUUUUCCAACAAUUGUUUACAGACAGAUUAUUUCACUUAUAAUUCACCGUAUCACAAUUCCAGUGGGUCAGAAGUUUACAUACACUAAGUUGACUGUGCCUUUAAACAGCUUGGAAAAUUCCAGAAAAUGGUGUCAUGGCUUUAGAAGCUUCUGAUAGGCUAAUUGACAUAAUUUGAGUCAAUUGGAGGUGUACCUGUGGAUGUAUUUCAAUGCCUACCUUCAAAAUCAGUGCCUCUUUGCUUGACAUCAUGAGAAAAUCAAAAGAAAUCAGGCAAGACCUCAGAAAAAAUUUGUAGACCUCCACAAGUCUGGCUCAUCCUUGGGAGCAAUUUCCAAACACCUUAAGGUACCACGUUCAUCUGUACAAACAAUAGUACGUAAGUAUAAACCCUAUGGGACCACGCGUCAUACCACUCAGGAAGGAGACGCGUUAUGUCUCCUAGAGAUGAACGUACUUUGGUUUGAGAAGUGCAAAUAAAUCCCAGAACAACAGCAAAGGACCUUGUGAAGAUGCUGGAGGAAACAGGUACAAAAGUAUCUAUAUCCACAGAAAAAAAGUCCUAUAUCGAGCCACAGCUCUAAAACCGCCAUAAAAAAGCCAGACUACGGCUUGCAACUGCACAUGAGGACAAAGAUCGUACUUUUUGGAGAAAUGUCCUCUGGUCUGAUUAAACAAAAAUAGAACUGUUUGGCCAUAAUGACCAUCGUUAUGUUUGGAGGAAAAAGGUGGUUGCUUGGAAGGAAGAACACCAUCCCAACCGUGAAGCACGGGGGUGGCAGCAUCAUGCUGUGGGGGUGCUUUGCUGCAGGAGGGAAUGGUGCACUUCACAAAAUAGAUGGCAUUAUGAGGAAGGAAACUUAUGUGGAUAUAUUGAAGCAACAUCUCAAAACAUCAAUCAGAAAGUUUAAGCUUGGUCGCAAAUGGGUCUUCCAAAUGAACAAUGACCCCAAGCAUACUUCCAAAGUUGUGUCAAAAUGGCUUCAGGACAACAAAGUCAAGGUAUUGGAGUGGCCAUCACAAAGUCCUGACCUCAAUCCUAUAGAAAAUCUGUGGGCAGAACUGAAAAAGUGUGUGCGAGCAAGGAGGCCUACAAACCUGACUCCGUUACACCAGCUCUGUCAGGAGGAAUGGGCCAAAAUUCACCCAACUUAUUGUGGGAAAAUUGUGGAAGGCUACCCGAAACGUUUGACCCAGGUUAAACAAUUUUAAGGCAAUGCUACCAAAUACUAAUUGAGUGUAUGUAAACUUCUGACACACUGGGAAUGUGAUGAAAUAAAUAAAAGCUGAAAUAAAUAAUUCUCUCUACUAUUAUUCUGACAUUUCACAUUCUUAAAAUAAAGUGGUGAUCCUAACUGACCUAAGACAGGGAAUUCUUACUUGGAUUAAAUGUCAGGAAUUGUGAAAAACUGAGUUGAAAUUUAUUUGGCUAAGGUGUAUGUAAACUUCCGACUUUAACUGUAUAUACAUACACACACACACAGUGCUGAUUUUAGCAUGUAAAUGUUGGUGGGGCAAACAAACAAAAAAUUAGGGGGAUGCAUGCCAGCAAAGCCACUACACAACACAACACUAAACAAUACAUUAAUUGCAAUAUUACGGUGACUGGCGGUGCCCACAAACUGUUAGGGCCUACAUAAAGCUGUCCGAACAGCAGAGUCCCAACAGCAGCCCCAACACCUUACCAUAUCUACACCUGGCUAUCAGCAGAGCCUUGUCUGGCAGCGAAACAGUUCAUUCAGCCUCAUUUACUUCCUUUAAAAAAAAACAUAGCUGAUAUGGCUGACUUGCUUAAACAAACGUGGUUUCUACUGACAAUUGAGGUGUAUAAACUAUGGCAUAAUGGGACGACAAGUGGAUAAGAGGCAACCCGUAAAUUUGAUUAAGACAUUAAUAAGCGAGCUAGGACAGAUGUAGUCAGUUUAACUAUUUGUUUAGCACUUUUGAAAUGUACAGCGACAGAAUUCAGAACAUGGGCCGUUCUUACAGUGUUCUCCCUGUACACCAAGUCAGAACCGUAGGAUAAAUAAAGGGGACAUAUAAACAGACAAUGAAAGCUCUUACAAUAUUCAAUGAUUACAUUUCUCCAAAACAGGCUAUAGGCUACAUGUGCACCACCAAGUCCGAACAGAAGGCAAAAUUAAGAGGGGAAAAUAGACCAAAUUACAAGGAUGAGGCACCUAACAGUUUACUCCACAACAUACCCUUUGUAUUACUUUCUUAGCUACAGUAUACAUAUCUCUCUGGCAUAUUACAUCAUUUAUGCAGCAGUGUACAAUACAUUUUUGGACUCACCUUGUUGUGCUGUGCUCACUUGAACAGGAAUGUGUCGUGGCGGUCCUUCUUGUGGGCAAAUUCUGUCAUCAAACUUUGUCAUCAAAGUCUGGCAUUCUCUGGAUUUAUGGUGCUUUCAAGACAACUGGGAACUCUGAAAAAAACAAGGGCGAAUCAUGAUGACGUCAGUGAUCUUCAGGUCUUAGCUCUAGAAAGAGGCCCGAGUUCCCGAUUUACAAUUCCGAGUUGGAUGACCUUUCAAAACGUAUUUUCCCAGUCGGAGCUCGUUUUUUCCCAACUUCCCAGUUGUCUUGAACUCACUGAAGUCAGAUUUCCCAGUUCUGAGUUAACAGUUGUUUUGAGCGUGGCAGAAAUCAUGCUGGAUUGACAGCAUGGCCAAUGUUGAAUGUUUAUAAUUUUACGCUUGGAAAAGUGACCUGUAAACCCAGAAUUGGGACCACACACCCACUCCACUGAAUAGCAGGCUAGUGAUUGCUUUACAACGCUUGCAGUUAGUAAGCCACUGAUUCCUUUCAAACCACUCAUUGUUGAAUUUGCAAUUUCCAACUUGUUGUGUAAUGUUUAUGUCCAAUGGCCGAUGAGCACCGAUACGGUCUAUAAUUUCUCUUCAUUAUUUCUCUUCAUAUGACAAGGAUUAAAAAGGAUUUGCCAGUAGAUUGUGGACUUGAUGAUGACUGCUAGCUAAGAUUUUGAAAGUAUGAUGUUGACAUGAUCAGUCCAAUCAAAACUACUGUAGAUAUAACGUGAUUUGACGUCAUUUUAUCUGUGGCCAAUGUCCUUGAGCCUUCUUGGAUGGGCACUUCUAAUGUAACUCUAUUGCAGCACCCAAAGGGCUUGAAUUUUUUAGCUCUACCUGUAGAUUUGGCAGUGACGUAGUUUCCCCAUGAGUGACAGAACACUGAGCCAAUCAAGGCGCAACUAGAGAACACAGAAAGCACCUGCAUUUUGGAGCUGCCUUACUCAAGAAAGCACAAAAGAGACCGUGUUUGUAUGGAGGCUUUAUUAACUCAAUGAUUUUUUAUUUUAUUUUACAUUGUUUGCAAACUGAUAUGUGACACGUAUUAAUGCCAAAAUAACAUGCAAAACAGGCAACCCCACCUGAAUGAUGGGUCGCCACUGCACACACAUUAAAAUACAAAAAUACAGUCAUGGGAAGCACAAAAUAAAACAUCACAAAUCACACAGAAAAACAGCUACAUUCCGCCACAAAUAAGUCCCCAAUCAAUACUUUAAAUUGCCCGAACGGCACCAAAACAUCAAGAUGAAAUGUAUUUUGAAUUAUGUUCCAGCAAUAUGAUGCAUUAAAACUAAAAGCAGAUUUACCUAGCUCGGUGGAGACCCUAGGAACCUUGAGUGAACCAAUCAUGUGAACCGGUUAGGCAACUCAAGUUGUAUACUUCAACAGCAAAAUUAGAAGUUUAUGAAGUAGGGCCUUGUAAACAAGAAGGGAGUAAUGUAGAGAUCUACAGGUCUUUAGGAAAGUCCAGCCAACCUUUUGACACAGGAUGCAGUGAUGGGUAUCUGUCAUGAGUCUGUUGCUUAUCACAUCACUACCAUUCUACAAAAAGUUAGACAUGUUGCCACAACAUCAUUCAACAUAAUUUGAUUCUGUGUUUUUCUCCACAGCUCUCUCCGCACACUUCCGGGUGUGCGAGCCAUACUCCGACCACAAGGGGCGCUACCACUUUGGGUUCCACUGCCCGCGUCUCUCGGACAACAAGACCUACAUGUUCUGCUGUCAUCAUAACAACACUGCCUUCAAGUACUGCUGCAAUGAGACAGAGUUCCAGAACUUCAUGCAGCUCAACCUCACCACCAGCUCUGAUGGCUUCUCACACAAGUGAGUCCAGAGUCAACAGUGGAGCAGAUGUGCUGCAUUCAUUCACACAUUUGUGUUUCAUUACUUUAGUUUGUAAUGCAGAAGUCCUCUCUAUAAGUGGAAUCGUUGACAAGACUGAUUCUGUAACAUUUCCUUAGAAGUUCUUCUAAAAAGGCUGGUAGUGUACAAGUGGCCUAUAAUCUAUGUGCAAUGGUUAAAGGGACAUUUCAAAAUGUUUCAACAUCCUCUCCAGCACCACCCCAACAUCAACGUAUAUGGAAACGGUACGUUUCUAUGUUUUGUAGUAAAACAAGAUAGAGGAAAAUAAGUGUUUCCAAUGACAUCAUCAACCUAUUAGUAGACUGUUAUUAGGCAAUUAGUAGGCAAUGCCUACUCAUAAUUGGUUAAAAUCACAUGAAGCACACCGAUGAUGUCAUUGGAAACACUUAUCUCCCUCUAUCUUUUUCCCACAAAACAUAGAAACGCAGUUGAUGUUGGGGUGGUGCUAGAGAUGAUGAAUAUAACAAGGCUUGCAGACUCUGUAACAUACCUUUUGGAAAGUUUCCUCUGAAGAGGUUUGCAGUGUGUACAAAUGAGAAAGUAAAAGCUUUUUGGGUGGACUGAACCCAAACCCAUAUCCAACGCAGCCGCACUUUGUCCCUGCAGUGCCCUUUAGGCUGCUCAAGAGGAAUACUCUAGUCUAACAUUAAGAAUGUAAUACUUUGGCCAGGAGUGUGCCGACUACUACAGUAUCCUACAGUAUCCUAAGGAGCAGACAGCUACACAUGCUGAGGAGUCUGAGUACUCAAAUAACCAAAUAUAAACUCUUAUGAUGCGUCCCAAAUGGCACCCAUAGGGCUCUGGUCAAAAGUAGGGAAUAGUCUUAUAUUUGGGAUACAGACGUAAUAAGUAUUGAGAAGUGUUGAGGGGAAAUGGAAUUUGUAUCAGCAUACUGCCGGACAUCGCCUUAGCAUAUAUCCCUUUGUGUAAACUAUAAUCAUAUACACAGAAAAUUCUCCAGUGUUAAAUCAACACUGACAGUGUUACAUUUAAAUUGGUCCAGUAUCUAUACGGGUCCACACUUUUCAGUGUUGAAUUAACACACUGCUUAGUGUAAAGCCUUAUUUGCAUAUUUCCCAGGGUGCCUUGCCUUUUGAGUGAAUUGUACCACCCACGACUGUAUUUUAUUGUGACAGAGACAUGGUUGUUGCAUUCAUCCAUUUUCAGUCCUGUGGCCUUCACCAAGUGAAAUCGUAAGCAAAUAUGUUUCUUUAAAAUACAAUUAUUAAACAUAAUAUAACUAGCAUUUAUUAAGGCCUUAUUUUGAGGGCCUAAUUUUACCCUAAUACAGUGGCCUGAAACUUAAGGUUAUCAGGCCUGCAAGUCACAUUAUGAUGGCUUGCGAAGUGAUGUGUAAUUCCUGUUGGAAUGUGAUAUGUAAUUCCUAGUGGGGAUAUCAAACAUUUUGGAUUUUUUUUUACCCGCAAUUCAGAAAUACUGCCGGGUUGGGAAGAGUAAGAGGUAAAUUAAUCACUAAUCAGAAAUAUAUAAUAAUCUUCAGAAAAAAAGUCACAGAGGGUGCACGGAAGGGCAUGUCAAAAUGCAGAAUUUUGACACUUUAGCAAGUCUUUAUUCAUAUUGAAAAUUUGAUUUAUUGAAUUCUCCGUGUGGUCUAUAAUAAAGGGCAAUUCAUUUCAUGAAACAGGCUUUUAAAAUGCAAUACAGGUGCAUAAUUUCUACUUAACACAUCAAAUAUACUGAUUUCGUGGAACGACCCAGUACACGUUAAGUUCUGCCCAUUGGAUAUUGGUUGCAAUGCUCUCGUCAAGUUUAUUUGUUUAUUUGUCAUAUGCACAUGAAAAGACAUGACCGAUUAAUGUCUCAUGUUUUGUUUUAGUCGUUUUUGUAGUCAUUUAAAUGCAUUGCUUUUGGUAUGUGUCAAGUAGAAAAAAAAAGCAUCUUGACAAACUAUAUUGUAGCGGCAGCAGCCUAUUAGAAGGCUUGGAUGCGUGGCUUGUUGGGGCGUGCUUUUAGGCCUCCCAUGAGACGGAUUGUCAUGCCAGUUAAUUUGUUAUGUUGUGUUCUGUGGUUAAAUGAUGUGCUUGUACCCAGCCAGUUCUGCAGUCUUAUUGAGAUAGGUGUGAUAUAUAGAUUGACUUAAUUGUGUUGAGACAGGUCUAGAGAGAGUACUUGGUAAAAGUAAAGUACUCCCCCAAAAAGUUCAUAGGCCUUUUUAUUCAAGGUGUAUGGCAAGGGGACAGUUAAGAGAGUAGAGUAAUGUUGGAUAGGCAUGUAUGAAUUCUAAUCAACAAAAAUGCAUAUAGCUAGGUCUACUGCAUCACAUUAAUGACAGAGCAUGUAGAUAAUUCUAUAAAUUAUAUGGCUUGCUGAGGUUAGAGUUAUAGUUAGCGUUGGUUCCAGUGUGAUGUAAGCGUAGAAAUUCAAUUUUACAGUUCACACUCCAGGACCCUGGUAAAACGUAGUGCACUAUAUAGGGCAUAGAGUGACAUUUCACAGUUUACGCAGUAGGCUCUGGUUCAUCCUACUAGGCUGCUCUGGGUCUCAAUGAAACAGAGCUUCAGCUCUUUGGCCAACUGUAGAGGAUAUAUGUAAGACCCCUUAGCCACAAUUUUCUUAAACCCUGUUACACACACUCUGCUCAACAUAUUUGCUUCUCUCUCUCUCUCUCUCUCUCUAUAUCUCUCCUCUAUCUCUAUCUCUCCGAUCUCUCUCUCUCUCCUAUUUCUCUCUCUCUCUCUUCUCUCUCUCUCUCUCUCUCUCUAUCUCUCUAGCUAUCUCUCUCUCUCUCUCUCUCUCUCUCUCUCCUAAUUCCUGACCCUCUCUUUUUUUCUCUCUUCUUCCUGCCAAACCAAUCUCCUCCUAUACCCAUGAAAUGCAAUUACAGGACUUGGGCUAUCUUACACACCUCUGACAUUGCUUAUAAUUGGAUCAAUUGAUUGAAGCAAAUACAAAUGUUAAUCCAUUUACACCAUCUGAGAACCGAGAGCAUCUUCUACAUCCCUAAAACUUUGCAUUUAUUAGGGGCAUUAGCCUCGAACUCGAUUUAUUGCAACACAAUAACAAAGGGAAAUACAAACUGUUUGCUAAUCGUCUGUGUGAGAGACAAAUGAUCUCUGGGAUGGUUUUAGACUAAUACUUAUUAUUUCUGUCUCUCUUUUUCCCUCUUCUCUUCCUUCUCCCCUACACUCAGUAACUACACAGCUCUGAUCGGCGUAUGGAUCUAUGGUUUCUUUGUCAUGGUACUACUUGCCUUAGACUUUCUCUACUACUCAGCUAUGAACUAUGACCUCUGCCGGGUCUAUCUGGAAAAAUGGGGUCUGGGUGGUCGGUGGUUGAAGCAGGCAAGCAGCCAGUGGCACGCACAGACCCAAGCCCAGGACGGAGAGCAGUCCCAGAGGCAGAGAAGCACGGACCCCCCUGGACCACACCACCAUCACCACCCCAGACACAGCCUCAGAGGAGAGAGAGGAGAGGCACAGAGCCCCACGCUACACAGCUUUCCGACCUCCACAGCCUGGUAA